AUGGCGAAGAGUCCAUCCAGAAAGUCGCUGAAAAGUUUGUUCUCCAGGAGCGAGGCCAACCUGCGCGACUCGGCGGAGAAGGAUGCGGACAAAAACGAAGGAGAGAAGAAGAGGUUUCGCUUCUUUAGGCUGAGAAGAAAGACGCACACCGGCUCGGCCACAGAGAAAGCUGCUAAUGAGACCCAGCAGGUGUUACACAGGUAUGUUUGCCACCGUUGAGGAUCUUCACUUUAGCUUGUGUUCAUGCCUGUGCAUGUGUCAUAUGGCUGCUCAUGAAGUAGCAGGGACAUGAAGCAGCUCCUGGCGCUUUUGGAGCUCCAAGGCUGCAGGUUAGGUAUGCCACAGAAUUAAUUAGUGUAGGGGCCCAUGAGGUCUGCAGCUGCUUUAGAUUAACCCAUUCUGUCCUUUUGUUCUUGAAGUCAGCCACCAGUAAUGCUCUUCCUGUAUCAUAUGAGAAGUUUUUAACCGCUUCUCAUUUGAGUCUUCAACAUAUCUUGUUUUGAGUGACACAGGAAUGUCCUUCCAACCAGACUGCAGCUGUAAGUGGACAAAUAUAGCCUGUAGCAAGUGUUUAAUAAGGAUAAUGAUGGCUGAAAAGGGGAGUGCAAAAAAAAAAACCCAAGCCAAAUCAAUCUCUUAAGUAGAAGCAUAACUGUGCGGAUGAUUAUGUUCAUAGCGAUUUUGUGCCUGAAGGACAUUUUUGUCUAGACAGCACUGUAAAAACAGGGCCGCUGUGAAGCCUAAUCCCUAAAAUCAAGCUCAAUAUCUUGGUCAUUAUGUAAUUGGGUCUAAAAAGCAUGGAGGACAUUAACAUCACUUGGCGCUCUGAAAUCUUGCAGUAUCCAUGAGAAGUUUUUGGUACUUUUACCAUUAUCUGAUAUUCAAGGAGCAAAACAAUCACCAAAUCAAUGAUAAGAAUAAGCCUGUUGGAGUUUUUUGACAUGAACAAAAUAGAGAAAUUCAGGUUUGACCUUUUAAUGGUGUACGAAAGCAAGCAAGACCACCAGGUACAUGAUUCAUAGUGCAAUUUUUUAUGCCUGAAACUGUUGUGAGGAAGUAGGUGGCUUAAAAAUCUGCUCAAUAAGUGUUACAUUUGACUGUCAAAAUGCCACAGUCCUAGUCUAACUAUUAACACUGAUAGUCAUGACACACGUUAGGCAGUGGAGCAAUAAAGUUAUAACUCAGUAUGGAGCAGAAACACCAUCUGCUCACCUGUGAUAUGCAGGUUCUUAAACAGCACAAGCCCCUCAAACAAGGCAAACAAUGAAAGCCUUGUCAUCCUGUGAAUGAGGGUAAGUGUCUCUGAGUGUCUACAAAUCCAUAAUAGUGAUUGGCCAAUAUUGGUAAACAGGUGAGUCAAACAGUCAAACAAAGGUAGGAGUCGAACCUGUUGAUAGAUGGCCUCUUUGUGGUGCUUUACUCCAUCAAUGGCACCAUCUAUGGAUACACUCAAGUGAACCUUGUGUUUGUUGUUGUUGAAAAGAGUAGAAAGACAGAGAGAGACUUUUCAAAUGAGUGAAAAAGAUUUAUUUCUCUGUGAAAGUAAGCCUACAAAGUGUUUUGCUCAUGGUGGAUGAAGAUGAGAUGAGAUUAGAUCUUGUCUUGGUGUUGAGUUCAGUCUAUACAUGCAGGAGUUGCAAAGUGUCUUGAGAUAACUUUUGUUUUAUCUUAUCUGGUCCUCUGCAUGAUAAAGUAGUGUCACCUGACAGCCAAUCCUAUCCCGUUGACUUUUGUCAGUUUAAUGUUUCAUUUUUUUAGCGAAAAUUUGAAAAGUAAAACAUAAAAAUUUGACUUUUUUUAAGCGGCUCCGCUGGCACCUACCCCCUUGCACUGGUUUCAGGCAUUUAAAAAUCACAACAUAAAAAUCACCAACCUUGUUGCUGAUGGUCUUGUUUACUUUUGUUUAUCACAAAAACACAUCAUUAUGAAUUUUAGUUGUUUUUUAAAGUCUUAAAGGGGCUUUAAAGGAAGAGGAAAAUUAAUUGGUACCAAAAGUAAUUAAGAAACCAUUUAAAUCAAAAUAAUGUCCUCUUUGAUUGUAAAGAGAGGUUUUUCUUUAUAAGAUGAACAACUAUAGCUAAUGCAAGUGAAAAGAUGGCAUCAAGAUGUCAAGCUUCACCAUUUUACAGUGUAUUUUCGAAGUGAAAGUGCAUAAAACUGUGACUACAUUUAGACUACAGCCGAAACAAAAUGUCACAUUAAGUGUGUUGAAAGUACUCUGAUACCUGUGGUUUGUUAUUUACCUUCGCUGUACGUCCACGCUGCAGCAGGCCGUAAGUGAGCAUACUAAUGCUGUGAACCCGCUUAAGAAAAGCUAACUGACAAAAUGUACCUAUGAUGUCAGCUUAAGAAAGGAGAGUGUAAGAAAACAAAUUAUAUAACUAGUGUACUUAGUAAAUACACUGAGGAUAAAAACAAACAUACUUGCUGCCACAGUUAGUAUUGUGAGUUUCAUAAAAUGUGACCAGAGAUACUUAUAGUCAAUUAAAACUUCAGAUUUAUUUAAAGCACCUGAGAGGUUGUUAAAAUAUUUGGCGUGAUUCUUGCAAGAAAUGCAACUUAAAGAUUCCACUGAGAAACACUUUUUACCUUCCUCUGAUCGUCUGUUUACUGACGGGCGAAGACACGGUGCCCUUCUCUAACUACACACAGUGCAUAAGCAAAGUAGAUAAACCCACAGGUGAGGUGGUGACUUUAUGCAAGUUGCAUGCUCGGAUAGCAUAAUCAUACUCACUCAGACCAGACUGGAUGACAGCGUGUGUUUGCACAGGCAAAAACAAAUUAAAUGACGGGUUGACUAGGCAAGAACCGCCUCUGCAAAUAAGGGCCGCACACAGGGGUUAUACAAGGGUAGAGUUGACUAAUGAAGACAGGACAGACUGUCAGUUAGAAAAAUGAAAAGUAAAACCAAGAUUGAGGACGGUAUAACUGUGCAAGAGUAGGAUCUGACGAAUUACAAUGAUGAAAAGGAUAAUUGGUCAUUUCUCUGAAUAGCCUCUGUCUGCUCUUUGUCAUCCACAGUCGUUGCUUUAAGGAGUUAAUUAGCAAUUACGGUCGCUUUUCUGUUUAAGUGAAUCCCAUUGUGUGAUUACAUUCUUUAAUUGUUGACAUUGCCGAUGACUGUCCGCCACCAGAAUUUAAUCCAGACACAGACUAAAUCUGCUUUUGUUGUUAGUUAAGGAUUAAGUUUCAAUCCAUGUCCUAGGUUUUGUCAUGCAAAGACAAAGGAUUAAAGAGUCUGGAAAACACGUCUUAAGGUUGAUUUAUUUAUUUUACCUUUCACACAGUUCAAGUGGAAGUCAAUGUCAAAUCGGAUGUAUUUGAUACUUGACCUCUGCUGUGUGCAAUUACAGAUGAAAACACAAGAUCUCUGUUUCAAACAAGUCAAACACACCCACAGCUCGAGUAUCUGGUGUGGUCUGUCGGGCUCCGGAGCCGAGCUGUGGAUUAAUGGAGGUACUGUAGAGAAACCUGCCGCUCCACAUGCCUGCCGCAUUUUCAUGAAGCUACUAAUCAAUGGCACAAAUGCACACACAUACCAUCAUUGUGCAAAGAGAUACAGGCUGGCAGCACAGAGCAGCAACAGCUGAAGCUCAAAUGUCUCGAGUCAAGUGUGUUUAAAUGUCUGAAAUAAUUUUGAACAAUUGAAGUGAGUCACGGCGAUGUGGAACCUGUUAUCUUUGUGUAGGUGCAAGCAAGUUAAAACCGGGGUUACAUAAAGUGAGACCUUCUUCAUUGAACUAUUUUUGUGUCCUUCUAUAGAAGAUGAGUCGGUGGGAUUUCAGAUUUGUGUUAUCUAACCUGUAUUUUUUUUAUUAGCAUGUUUACAACUGCAGUGCUGAAAACAAUAGUGAUCUGUUUACUGACAGAUAACUCCACCGAUUUGACGAUUCCCCUCGAGCGAUGUCACCUGAGAAAGCACAGGUUGGAGUUGAGGUGUUUAAGUUUUGUGAUUGAAUAACGAUGACGCUGAUAAUUGAGAGGGUGAGGAGAGAACUUGGCAGUCGUUCCUAGCUCGAUUUAAUUUGACUUUAAUUUAACUUGUUUUUUUCUUUAAAUUCUUGUAACUCCCUUCAUGAGUCUUUGGUUUAACCUUCACAGUUAUGGUGUAGAAAUGGAAAUAUUUGGCGAUAUCUGGUGGUCUGAUCUAGAUUUAAACCCUACCUUACUCUCCUCUUAUGUUGAUAAGAUUUUAAUAAGUAAUGUGGCCUUUUGCACGAUAAGCAUGAUUCUCCAUUUAACCAUCCAAAACACUAAUCCACUCAAAUUAUUUUGCACAAACUACGGCUGCUGGAAUAAACCAGUAUUGAUGAUAAUAGUCUGUUUAAGAAAUAAUCCAACAGUAGCACCAUGACUUGACAGUGGCAGUCCUCUAAGCCUGUUGCCAUAUGUCAUAAAACAGAGGAUAGCAAGAAGUUAAUCAACCUUUAGGCAAGACAGAAAAAAUAUUGAAAUAAUUGUGAUCAUUGAUGGCCACUGAUGUUGGGGAAACCCUAGCGCACAACAGAAACCAUUCUCUCCUUUAUUUUCCUCUUUUAACCUGUGUGUUUUCUCUGUAAAUACUUAAUAGAAACGGCACUUGAUUAUUCGGUCCAUUCUGUACCACUUCAUAAACUUGGCGAUGAGGGGGUCCGCGACACAAGUUAUGCUCAGUCCGCAUUUCAAUUACAGUGGUCAGUUAAUGAGGUGACAGGUGAAACAGAAAUUCCUCUAAAUGCGUUUUAUAAAGUUAAAUGUGUCUUCAGCGUCAAUGGUGGCAGAUGUUCAUGGCUGAUGUCUGAAAACUGUUACUGAUCGAACCCUAAAUUUGCAUGGUCGGGUAUCAGUCAGAUGUAAAGUUCAGAAGAUUUGCUUUCUUUGCAAACACUUUUUAUAGACUUACUGACAAAAUAUUCAAAUGCCAGUAGUUUUGCAGGUUUUGCCACUGUUCACAUGGAGCUCAAGAGUGAUUUGCCUUUUGUUAAGAGUUUCUACGAAGUUCUGUUUCAUGUUUGCUCGAGAGACACGAUUAUCCUGCGUGAUUCACUGCGGAGGAUGUUGGUGAAAGCUUUACCUGGCCUUUUGUUGUGUAUGUGUCUAAGGCGGUGUGAGCAAUUUACCGGGGUAAUUUUCCCCAUCAUCAGUUUGAAUGAUAAAGCUCUUUUAAUGAUCACAGCAGCUGUGAGAAUAACACCAUCAAAGCUUUUCCUUAGAUAACAACAAAGUCAGGUUGCAUUUGGAGCCCAAUAAAAAUGCCAUUCAUGGCUACGUACUCGUGACAUAGCCUACUUUUCUAAACAAACUCCAACUAUUGACCUACAUAGUUUCCUGUCAUCUUCUUUUGGUUGUGGUUAUUGUGAGAAUCAAGCACUUGAAUUAAUCAGACAAACAAAUACAUCAAAGACUGUUUUAGCUCCUGGACAUGGUUUCGCCCAUCAAGUCAACCUUGCUUUUACAUUUUAAGUCUUGGUUUAAUUAGAAGUUGCUCAACAAGGUGUUGGAGUAAAAGCCUAUCUGUUUGGAUAGUUAAAUGAGAAUUGACAGCCACUGGCUUACACAGUAGAUAUGUUAGUAGAGCUAGCAGUCAAGUUAGUUUAGCUAGCAUGAGAAAAGGAGAGACAACUAGCCCAACAGGAAGCAACCAGUUCUGGUAAGCGCCAUCUUUUAAAGCUCAAAAUUAUUGGGGUGUUUUGCUCAGACUUUGCUGUGAGAUGAAUUUUAUCACUUAAAACAGAGGAGGCUGUUUCUUAAUCUGUCUUGUUUUGAUGCUAAGCUAACCAACAGCUGACUAGCAUUACAACUGCAUUCAUGUGGAUUCAUUGAGAGAAAUUCCUCUUGUUCGUUGACUGAUAUGAAGAGCUUAUUGUCAUUAACCUUCAUGCAAGAAUGUUGUGGUUUAAGCUGUAAUAAUUGAGUCCCAAAGUCAGAGUGCAGUGUGCCUAACUUCAGCCCUCUCCCUCUCUCUUUAUCUUUUGACUCAGUCCUGUUCUUACGCAAACAAUCAUCGUCACGUUUUACUGCACGGCCAAAGAAAGCACCAACGACACCCUGUGUCUCUCGCAGACACAUCCUGUUGUACCUUUUCCAAAAAUCUAGACGCUUGUAAGACUCUUUUUGACACCAUGUCAGGUGCUGCAAGUUCACAAAGAAAAAGACGCAGUGUUUUUUCUCCUGUGUUAAAGUGUAAACACACACCAUCUCAGGACAAAGAUAUGCCUCAUCUUCUCAUCUCAGGGAGUCUUCAUGACCGCAGAACAGCUUAUUUUCCUACACUGUAAUAUUUCAUCACUUGACUGCUUGAAGGGCUGCUGUUUUGCAUGAGGACAAGACAAAGACAAUGUAUGGAUGUUCAUUUGCAAAAAAAGUCUGAAUUUCUGUUUGUCUUUCUGUGAGGCAUACCUCGUGAGACAGAUGAAUAUCGGUACAUAACGAACUAUUCAAAUCUGUGAGAUGAAUAAAGAAUUUCUAUACCUUUGUUAACAGCAGAGGGCACUGUGUGCCUUUGUGCCUGUGACAAAGUAAGUGCUUUUCCCUUUCAGGAGGUGCUGCUGCAUUGGAUAAUUCUUAUUUCUGAAUGUUUCUUUCAUUAACUCCUGUCUAGUGGGAGAGAACUGUUCGCAUCCUUUCAAAAUAAAAGCAUAUUUGGUACUAAAACAAGAAAAAAAGACGCCACAAAUCAUUUUUUGAGGCUCAUAAAAAUGUUGUUUUGAGCCUGCCAUAUUUUACACUGUCAGACUCCAGUUUUUGCAGCAUAAUCAGCUCUUGUCAUGUGGACUAGUCAGACCAGUUGUCAUGUAGAUAUGCACAACUGCAGAUCUAAAAUAUGCUUGUCGAGGGUACAAUGGUCUAUAAUUUACGGUGCUGCUGCAAAUGUUUACUUGCCAUUUCGCUUCCUGUUUCAGUCAGCUGCACAAAAGCAACCAGCACUUGUGUCUAAUGUGUCCUUUGUAGGCUUUGUUUGAUGUAGUGACAGCUUAUUACCAUGCAUGUGUGCUGAGUUUGAAGCCCCUGCAGCCUUGGAUGGACGCCACCGUCAAAGGACAAGAGUCAGGCGGCCGGAUAAAACAACAGAGAUGUUGUUUUAGAGGAAGAGUGCAGUAGUUGGAGUGAUGAUCCUACUGUUUUAGGUAUUGACUGUAUGUAUAAAUGCUUAAAGCAGCUAUACCUUAAUGUAACACAUUGGUUUAUCGCAAAGGUUUACCAGUUUAAGACCUAAGGCGCCAAAACAGCUUGUUUAACUUGAAGAUCCUGUGAGGAAAUUUGGUUUGAGCCAAUUUGGCGUCCUCUAUGGACAAAAUGCUGUAACAGCAGUGUACAGUUAACCACUUUGUCGGAUAUCUACCCCUUUAUCACUGGUUUAAGGCAGACGGUCUUGUUUUAUAUUUUUAUGUCACAAAUGGAAAUUUUGUGAGGUCUCUGGCGGUCAAAGAAGUUUUGUUUUUAGAAUGAACUGUUGCUAGCUUUUUAGAUAUUGUAAAUAUUGAACAUGUUUAGAAUCUACUGUUUCAAGUCAGGGAGACUUCGAUCGUCUUCUGUGCAGAUCGGAGGAAAGAAAAUCAUUCUAGCACACCUCUCAUUACAGGAUCAUCUAUCAAGAUAAUCUUGUGAACCAUCCAGUAAUCAGGCCUUUGCUGACGUUUCUUCGAUGGGGGGAGUUGAGCCCAAAAUUGGCAUGUUCAAGAGGUUAUGGGGCCAAAAUACUUAAAGGCAGAUACAUCGAAGAUUUUGAUGUCAUUAAAAUCUUAGAUGUAAAUAUUCAAGAGCUAUGCAGCUAAAGAGACAAACUAAACUUGUUGACAUUUUAACGUUGAGAUUGGCUUUUAUUUGGAGGCCGGUGAAGGAACUACAGUUUACGGUAUUCUACUUUGAGCCUGGUUAUCCAGCCAUGGAGGUUUAUUUUAUGCUUUUUGCUACUUCCUUUAAUGCUGAUUUUGACUUCACUGACUUCACCCUGGUGGCAUUAUCAGCCUUUGUCUAAAGGGAAAGUCACAUUUUACAUGGACAUGUGUUGCAUGUCGUAGGAAACACUAUCACUCUCUGCUCAGCCGGUUCUGUUCAGCAUUCCACACUUAGUGAUUCACAGCUUUAUUGUGGUAGGCAGAAUAUUUCCCCUGUCUUUUUUUAAGUGCAGAUGAUUCUACAAAAACACUACAUGUGUCUGCAUGUGUGACAUAUGUGCAUGAUUCCACAUACCAAGGUUUGGCAGUGUGCAGUUUUGUGCGUGGCUCAGCAGUAAAUUGAAGUACACCACAUACUUGACUGAAGUGAUCUUUCAAACUCUAGAAAACAUCAUAUUUUUUCAGUAGCUUCAGUAGAUACCAAUUUGUAAAGACCCCAUCUGAUUCACAUUUUGAUCUGUGUGCCCCUCAGUCCUGUCAGUCCUACCAAGGAGGAUGGAGACACCUGGGAUGAAAACAAGAUCUGGCACAACAAGAAGGUGUCUCUCUACGCCACUGCGCCGCGGACGAAGGUCAGUUUAAAGUUGGCUCUUUUAAGAUAACCGCCAGUUGAACCUUUUUUAAAAAGCACUUUAGCGAGCACACGUGACUGCAUCUUGUGAUGGAGUUUAUGUGUUUUUAGGUAAAAUUGUUCCCCAGAGUUUCAUCCCCUUCAGGCUUGUGUAUUUAAAUCGAUCAUCCAGUUUUAUGGAGGGUGAUAUGGAUGGCUGUUUGUUUGUUUUUAAACUCUGCCUUAAGGUUAUUUGAGUUAGACAGGCAGUGUUUUACAGUCACACAUACGCUCAGUAUUCCUGCUAUUUCUGUUUUGUUACAAACAUUAAAUAUUUGAUCAACCUAAGAAUUUGUAACAUUGGACAAAAAUAGGAAAAUGAAAGUUUGAGAACUCAGCAUUAAACGGUAACUGUAUGUAUUUUAGCUGACAGAACAAUACACUACAGACUAAAUGACUUAUCAUGUGUUCGAUAGGAAACACAUGAGCACGAAAUACACAGAUCCUCCUGACUGUAUUAAGAACAAAACACUUUUGUUCCUGAAAAACAGGGAGAAAUUGUUGAACUGUUGUGACACCAGGACAGGUAAUUUUACGCGGGAGCCCCUCUGUCUGAUUAGCCUGGGGGGUGUCGCCAUAAGUGAGAAAAAGGCAAUUAUAAAAACUGAAAUAAAACUGAGGUUAGAUCUGUUGAAAUGUACAUAAAUCUUCUCUAUGCUGCGCCCUCAGUAACCACAGUAGGCGAGAGAAGCUCCUAUUAAUGAAAACAUUGCAGGCAGAACUAUAAAUCCAGCCAAUUGGGCUCCUGACAAAAACUACUAAAUCUUAUCUAUAUAGCUAGCAAUUAGAUUGAAAAAUAAGUUUACUUGACUUAUUGUGACUGUACAAACAUGCUAAAGAAGUCUGUCUAUACUGAGCAAGCUUAUUUCAGUGUCACUUUUAUUUAUUUAAAGGUAAGUUUAGGCUAAGUCUAUUUUUCUGUUGAUGUGCGACACUUGGAGAGACAUACAUUUCUGUCAUGCAAACUGUGUUUAGUCACUCUUGGCAUUGACAUUGACGGAUAAAAUGCAGGCUUUAAUUACAGGGGACUAUCAUGACCACAAUAAUAAGCAGAGAAAGUAUGUCAGCUAUUCUGACAGACUCGGCAUGGCUGAUUUCCAAAAUUGAAACUAGUUUUUUAGGUUACUGCUUUCAUUUGUGCUGAUGUUGCCCCCUUGUGGCGAAGCGGUGGCAUUUUCCUCAUCAGUUUAUGUCGCUGUCAUUGGAAAUCGAAUGUUUUCAGGCUAAAACUCUGAGUAUUCUCUUAACGGUACACCUUAAAAUUGGCACAAAUAUAGGUCAAAAUUCAUAGCCUCUGUGGUAUCUCAAAAAAAUAAAAGUUCUUGCACUGAAAUUAAUGGAUUCAUAGGUACGUUUUGAUAAGAUUAUAAAGUUUUACCUUCUCUCUUACCUAAAAUGUCUAAGCUUCUUUGGGAAAAAAACACUUUCCUACAAUUAUGACUGAAUUCAGGUAAAUUUGUUAUCUUAGGAACCCUGGGAAACACAAAUUAACUAGAUAUAUUUGUGUUCAGAAAAGAACAGCGACGCCAUGUAUGAUCAAAUGGUAGUCAAAACUCCUACCGAUGGUUUACAUUUAACUAUUUCUCUGAUCUCCAGUCGUCCUGUGGUGCUUUCUGUCCCAUCCACUAUAAAAAUAUUUUUUUGCUGUCAAGUCUUUUAAAUAAUUUAAACUUCUUUUGUUGGAUCGAAAAGUGAAAAAUCAGACAAGGAAAAAUCUAAAGAGACAGUGAGGACUUUGCUGCUCAGCCUCUGUAACAUUUUGUGGGAAACACUGAUGGGUGUUGAGUGAAAUUCGCCUCAUUUACAAAGCCAUACAGCUGCAAGGUGUCUGUCUAAAUUAGCAUUUAUUCCUGGAUUCUGGUAUGCAAAUAUUUGUGAAACAGUCUUAAACACCUAAUCAAUCAUUAUUUUAGGACAACACAGAUGUUUAUCUCAGGAUGUAUCGAUGAAGCAUCUUUAAUAUCUUGGUUGUUUGGGGUAAAACAGGACAAUGUUCGGACAAAAAAAUAAAUAUUGCUAUGUUAAUUUGUUUAUGAUUGGUCGAAAAAACUCUCAUUACGCUUAUAAGAAGCCACAUUUACCUGACAAGUCCAGAUAAAAAUCUAAUUUCAAGAUAUAACAAGCUAAAAUAAGGACUUCAGUGAUUGUGAAGAGUUAGAACAGAUGCUUAUGCAGGAAGGAAAAUGAUCGAUAGAUAGAUAGACUUUAUUGAUCCCAAACUGGGAAAUUCUCUAUUAAUUCUCUUCUUUACUCAAUAAAACAAAGAAUAUCUUACUUUUAGGUCGUAGUAUCUUGAAAUAAGAUCAAAAUCUGGAUUUUUUAGGUCACUGUGUCUUCAGUAGGUUCAAUAAGACGUUAAAGGACAAAUACGAGGUUCAGGUUUUUUUUUACAGCGUAAUGACUGUGGGAACAAUGUCAAAGGCAUGAUUUAACAAGUUCAAGUUCAAACUCACAAUCUAAUUUUUGCCUUUAAAAAUCUGUUUCCCCCUCCCAUUCAGUCAGUCGUCUUCGUGGAAUACCAUAAAUCACCCCGGCUGAGAAACAGAAAAACUCAAACUCUUGUUUUCCGUUGGUGAGCGUCUCGGACAUAUUGUUUUUCAGGUCCUGGUGUUCUCUUUGCAUCUUUGAGAACAGGGUCAGAAACAUGUCUGAGCAAGAUUAUUCCUGGGGGGGGAAACUUAAUGUUUGGUGGGUGAUGGGAAAAACCGCCCCAGAUGAGGGGGAUUCAACGGUUUCUACAUUCCAUCUCUGUGGUUCAAUCGUCCUUGUACCUCCCUGCAGGGUCUAGCUUGAAGCACUGUGACCAUCCUUCACCUUCUCCCCCCCUUUCAGACCAUAAUGACACAAAAAAAACCUUUAUAACUCCUGUUAUAAUCCAGAGUCAUGUCUCUGUACCAACAUGGAGAGACUAAAGACUGCUGGUUUCUGCGACAUGUUGUCCAAGUCCUCUCUAGAGGGCACCAGACCUUCAGAAAGAACAAACUAAACACAGUAAGCUUGUAAACUGUGUGAUCACAUACUCAAGUAAAUGCAUGAAAGACUCCUUAUUCUUUCCAGAAGGGGGCGUUAGAGAUUUACAGAACAGCAGCAUUGUACCGAGGAUGAAUCAUGAUCUUGCCUCAGACCUGUUGAACGGAUAGCAUGUGGAAAACAAACAAUCAAAUUGUACCUAUUAGUGAUUUUUUUGUAAGUAUUUUGCAGAAGCUACUUAGUUUACAGCUUACAUUUCUGGUGAUGAAGCAGUAAAGGAGAGUUUGCAUGAUAAAGUGUCUCAGCUCAUGUGUCAGUCAUCAUUUACACCAGAGGGGUUUCACACUUAAAAAUAAAAUAAGUAUGUUGUUUUGCAACAAUUUUUAAGAAUUGGAGUGAAAAAAGUUCAGAUGCACAAGAACUCUAGCAGCUAAAGGGUGCAUUACACUGCCUUUAUAUGGCCUUAGGUAAACUGUUUUAGAUUAGACUUGAUUAGAUUCAACGUCAUUGUCAUUGAACACAGUACAAGUACAGGAACAACAAAAUGCAGUUUAGCAUCUAACCAGAAGUGCAAGGUAGUAAAGUGCAAGGUAUGUACAUAUGGGUAGUGCAGGUAUGAACUGAAUAUACUAUAUAUAUGUGCAAUGAAUAUGCUAAAAAUAUAUACAGGGUGUUGGUUACUGCAGGUAUGAAUAGGCUAUACAAAAAAAAAAAAUCUAAUUAUGUACAUUAUCUAUAUAUACAGAGUAUACUGAUUAGUGCAGGUGUGAAAAAGAGAAAAUGCUAUUAAACAGUGGGUGCGUUGAAGAAUAUAAACAGUAUGAUACUCAGGAGUAUGAGUAGGAAUAUCUACAGUUAUUAAUAGUUGGAUAAAAUAUGUAUAUACAGCGGAGUGUGAUGCUGUAGAACUGUAUGUACAUUUCUUGGUCAGGUUGACUCCCAACAAGGAAUGCCACCACCUUUUUUAACAAUUAACUUGAGAAAAUACCUUCUCAUCUCAGAUCAGGUGCUAUAUUGGUUGAGAUCCUAGUUGUCUCACUUUCAAAGGUGUGGGGUCCCACAGGGGUCUGUCCUUGACACAUUGCUGUGUUCACUUGGCAUGAAACUGUGUUGCUUUGGGAUCAAUUUCCACUUUUAUGCUGAUGAUUUACAGUUAUGUAUAAAGAAAUAUAAAAUAAAGAAUAUGAAGAAAUGUACAUUUUUGGUUGUAGCUGUUUAUUUCCUCCAUCCCUGGUUAAGUUUGUGUUUUUAUACUUUGGCAUCAUCUUUAUCUGGACUAAAUAAGUUUCUUACUCAGCAGAGUCAUCCACCCACUAAAGACUCUGCUUGGUUUGUUGUUUUUGCUUCUUCUCAUACCUUUAAAACUAUCCAUCACAGGAGGAGGAAUUUGCACGGACACACCCUGUUAAAAACCUGGCACUGACUGACUGACAGCCUGACAGGCAGACGGCGUUCAGUUGUCCUCUGUUAUUACAUCAAAAAAAAAUAAAACAAACAUUAUCACCGGAAAACAUCGCCUCUUUAUCUUUUCUAUCAGGGUUUGCCUUCAUGAGCACACUUUGAUGUUUCCUAUUCUUGAAAUAUCUGAUAAGGAAACAUCUUGAUCAUAACAGAUUCACUUUUUGAAUGUGCAGAAUUAAAAAUUUGUUUGAUUAGUUUGAAAAAAAAAAAAGUGGGGCCAAAUUUUGUACUUAAACCAAAAAGACACUUUGCACCUCCACAUUUACAUGGUGAUGCACUGUUAUCUCAAAAGCUGCAGAUUGUACUUGCUUCUAAAACCCUGAUUUUCUGCAGUUUUACACAUGAAAACUGAUAAAAACAUGAAUGAAUUUUAUCUUUUCCAAGUAAGAAGGGUAUCUGAGCCAGCAGCCACCUGAUUUAUCAGAUCAUGUUUGACUCGUCUCUCACUUUUUCAGGGUGGAGCAGCUUGUACUGCUUGGAAUGAAGUUGGGUGUCAACUCUUAAACUUGUUUAUAAUGCCUGAAAUAAUUUUUCCUUAUGCAAUAUCCUCAUUCUUACCUUUUUAAUGAUGGAGUCUUCUUGUGAAUCCUUGGCAAGGGCUUCAAAUGGUUGAGUUUGUUUUAAUCAGUAAAUCCAGUCAGGGGUCGAGUUUGAAAGACCCAGACACUGAAAAUGACACUGAUAUACAGCAAGCCAUUUCAGUAAUUAAAAUGUAAGAUAGACCCCCAGAACUUUAAAUGAUUUGGUCAUUUCAAUAUGAGUGAAUAUCCAUUUAUUUCUCCCUUUUCUCUCUUUUUAUCUCAGGGCAAAGAGCUCAGCUACUCGGACAUGGACCUCCGCAAGCCCAAAAGGUUUUCCACCUUUAAUUUUGGUCUCAGAAAGAAAAAGAAGAAACCUGAAGAGAACCUCUCUAAGAGCGCUUUUGGCCUUCACAGCACAGGAAUCGAAGAGCUGGAGGAGGUAACUCUGGUCCUUUUCAGUAUUAACUUGUUUAUUUCAGACAUUUACCUUGUCUAAAAUGGCUCUACAACUUUCACAGUUAGCAAACAUCCAGCGGCUAAAGAGCCCGAAAUUUCCCUCAGGGUUUGUAGAAACCAAAAACAGACCUAUUAGAGAGUCAAUAUUUGACCUACAAUUACCAGGUGACUGAAAGCUUGUCCCCAUAUAACGAUAAAUCCAUCAGAACAGCUGGUGCUGUUUGCUGACAUGUUUGCUAAUUAGCUAAUAAAGACUGGUGUGAAUGUUAUGGGAGUUAAACAUGGCCAAGGGAGACUUUUUCAACAGGUGAGGGAACUUUUGAAACAGCAUAGGUGAUGUUUAACAACCUUCAGGGUUUAACAACUUGACCAGGGAUACUAACUAAAGCUAGCUACAGAAGAAUACUGUGUUUACUUAAGAAAAAAAUAAAAUGUUUUUAUACAUUUAUGAAAAGUUGUCUCAGAAUUAAAAGAUAUCGUCAAUAAAAAAAAAUAUAUAUUUUUUUUAAAUGGAGAUUACCUCGUUAAUUUCUAAAAAAGGGGACAUUUUUUAAUACCAAAAUUUCAUUUCUGUAAAUAAAUUAGAUAAUUAUGUCAGAACUUGUUAGUUCUGAGUUGAUCAGAUAUUUAAUUUUUUCAGGAUUAUGAGAAAAUUUUUCUUUAAUUUUGUUUAAAUUAUAAAAUAUAUAUUUUUUUAAUUAUAAGAAAAUAUCUGGUUGAUUAAAAAAAAAAAAAAACAAGUUUGGACAUCUUUUUUUUGUUUGAAAAAUCAAAUUUGUUUUUAUUUAUUUAAAAAAAUGUUUUUGGGAUAAUUUUGUAUUAAUUAAAAAACAAACAAACAAACAAAAAAAAUUCCAAGAUACCUAUCUCGUUCAUUUAAAAAGAAUCUAAUACGCUGCUGUGGGCAAGCAUUUGUAUGUCUGAAAAUAAUUUGGACUCAUUUAAGUUCAAUAACUGUUAAUUAGUUGAUAUCAAAUGAGUGAAACUGUAAUUGAUCUUCCUCCAGCCUUCUCCAGAUCUCGGUCAGAUGGAGACACAAGCUGUGGCAAAGCAAAUCAGCAUGUCUCAACCAGAGCUGAACUCCAAGAAGAAAUUUGACAUCCCCUCUCCUCCCCCUGUGGCCACAAACCAGUCAGAGUCACAAUUCCCCAUCCCCGAACCACUGCAGUCGUCACCUGUGACAAACGGCCAACCAGAGGCGAAGCAGGCUCUGACCAAUGGCGGCAGUGUUCUCGAUGUGCACGCCGAACCGCUGAGGGCACCGCUUGCCUCCAUGCCUGAGCUGCAGCUGGAAAAUCUCGACCUGUUAGAGGAGAAAGAGAAUAUACCUGUUAAUAAUCACACACCUAAAAGUGACUCCAACUCACCUGCCCUCAUGACUCAGACAGAAAACACCCCUGCUGUUGAUAAGCAGACUGCACCAACCCUUCACACCAGCCCGCCUCCAGUUUUGCUUGACUCAGAGCUCAAGGCGGCAGUUGUUGAUUUAGUCUCUGCAAGCAACGGCCUAGAUGACAAUGGCGCUCUGCAGCACACUAAACCAGGUGACUCUGUCCACCAAGAAGUCGCAGUUCCUGUUAAUGAGAUAUGCGUCUCUGAGACGAUCAGGAGUGUCACUGCAACUUCAGCCGUUUGCUCUGAAAACAUCCCCCCUCCUGCCAAUCAAAAUGAAGUUUACGGGGCGUUGUAUGACUCGCUUUUCCCCCAGAGUUUUACCUCCGAGGUCAUGUCAUCCCUCCAAAACCCGCAACCUCAAACCCGUACGGAGAUACGUCUCAGCACCACAUCCGAACAUGUCCUGGUGAAAAGCUUCGAUGAAAGAAACGUGAUGUGCUCCAAUAGUUAUUCAGUCUCCUACUCAGAGCUGAAAUCAGACAGCACUCACCUCAUUCAAGCUUCUGCCCCUCCUGCCUCCGAUUAUGUCACAUCCCAGGGGACGGAUACUCAGGUUACAGACCCCAAACGGAGAGCGAUCCUGGUCAAAGAGUUAGUCACAGAUGAGACAAGCUCUAAUCCUGUCCGAGCCUCUCCCGGGCUUGAAAAAAUGGAUUUAGGAAAGGACCUUGAAAUAAAAAUGGAAACGACAAAAACCCUUUGUAAUGCUUCCUCUGGACACUUGAGUGCUUACGAAGAGCUUUUGAGUCCAACACAUUGUAGCGUGGGAUCAGAUGACGGUAGUGCCGUAGAGAUCUACUACAGCGCAGAAGAGGACAACAUGCAGGACAGCGGGGAUGAAAGAGUAGAAGUUAGCAAGACGGUGAAAGAGGUUGUCGAAGUGCUUGCGGCGUCUCCACAGCAGAAGGAAAUAACAGAAACAGAUUCAAGCAAGAGGGAUGAGGAGAUAACGCGGGUUGUGAUUGUGAAAGUGAAAAAUGAGAGAAGCAAUGAGGAUGUCAGCAGUCCGACCGAAGUUUAUCAACAAUGUUCAGAAACCUGGACGACUGAUGCAAAGACUCAAGAGAAAGAAGUAACAGUGACAACCUUCACAGAGGUGCUGAGUGAGGACAUUUCCAAGCAAUGUGAGAUUGAAGAAAGGAAGCUGAGCCAGACAGAUGAGGGAGGACCAAGAGUGGUUAUCGUCAAAACGCGGGAAACCAAUGACCAAGAGAGUGAAGUUAUCAGCAGCAAAACUGAGGUGUACCAUCAGAUAUUAGAAACCCAGACAUUGGGGUCUCUUAAGAAUGAUGAUGCCAAGAUUCAGGAGAAAGUAGAAGAGACGACGACCAUCACAGAGGUAGCAAAAGAGUUGGUGGAGUACGUUGGGUUGGGUGAGGAGAUCCUGAAGCAGGAUGACAUCGCAGAAAGAAAACUAAGCCAGACCGAAGAGGGAGGACAACGGGUGGUCAUUAUCAAAAUGCACAGUGUAGAAAGCUCGGACGAAACCAAGGAUGAUAACCUGAGUCGAUCUGAGGUGUAUCAACAGAUUUUGGAAACCGAGGUAGUUGAGACUCAUAAAGACAAUGACGAAACGAUUGCGGAGAAAGAAAUAGUAAGUGAAGUGUUCCCAGAGGUGGAAGAGUUUGUCGGGUUGAUUGAAGAGAAAGUGGAGGAGAGACAUUCAAGCCAGUCGGACGAGGGAGGACAAAGGGUGGUCAUUAUCAAAAUGCACAGCGUAGAAAGCUCUGACGAAAAGAACGAGGAAACUAUCAGCAGAACUGAGGUGUAUCAGCAGGUUGUUGAAACUCAGGUGGUUGAGACUCUUAUAAGCAAUGAAACGAGGGUUGAGGAGAAAGAAAAUGCAGCUGAAGUACUUCCAGAGGUGAAAGAAGUUGUGGAGCUGCUUGACGAACUGCAAAAACAGGAGGAUACUGCAGAAAGACACUCAAGCCAGUCGGAUGAAGGAGGACAAAGGGUGGUCAUCAUUAAAAUGCACAGUGUAGAAAGCUCUGACGAAAAGAACGAGGAAACUAUCAGCAGAACUGAAGUGUAUCAACAGGUCGUGGAAACCCAGGUGAUUGAGACUCUUGAAAGCAACGAAACGAGGAUUGAGAAAAAAGAAACCGCAACCGAGGUGCUUCCAGAAGUGGUAGAGGAGGUCAAAGAGUUGGUCGAGUACAUUGGGUUGCCUGAGGAAGAAACACCAAUAGAGGGAGGACAACGGGUUCUGAUUGUCAAAAUGCAGAGUGUUGAAAGCAAUGAUGAAAAGAACGAGGAUACCAGCAGCCAAACAGAGGUGGAGCAGCUUCUGAGAGGUCAGAAUUUGGAAACUUUGGCGACUGAAAUCCUUCAAGACGAUGUCACGAAUAUUCAGGAAAAAGAAACCGCAACAGAAGCGUCCCCAGAGGUGGUGAAAGAAGUUGUCCAGCUGCUUGAUGAGAUCUCAACGCAAAAAGAGAUUGCAGAAAAAGAGGUCAAGAGAGAUGAGGAUGAAAUAAGGGUGGUUAUUAUCCAAACCGAAAACAAGGGAGGGGAUAAAGACACGACAGAGGUCAUCGUCACCCAAACUGAAGAACUGCAACAGCUGAAAGACGAGAGUCCAGUGACCAUGACGUCUGAAACUCAUGAAAUUGUAGAAGAAGUGAAAGAGCUGAUAGAGAACAUUGGACAAGAGGAAAUCAUAGAAAAAGAAGCGAACAAGAGAGAUGAGGGAAUCAUUGAGAAGGUAGAAAGAGUCCUUGUCCGAACAGAAGUUAUACAACACGAAACACCUGCUCUUGAGAAAGAAGAAGCAGCUGCAACUAUUCGAGAUGUGGAAGAGGUGAAACAAGUCGUUGAGCUGCUUGAGGAACUCUCAGAACAAGGGGAGAUCACAGAAAAAGACAUGAGCAAUAAAGUUGAGGAGAAGAAGGAAGUCCUGAAUCAAACGGUGGUGACACACGUGAAACUCCAGAGUUCAGAAACCGUGACGACUCAGGAGAAAGAAGCUGCAGUUACAGUGUCACCUGAUGCUGCAGAGGAAGUGAAGCAGGUUGUAGAGCUCGUAGAGGAGCUAGAGGAGAUGGUAGAAGCGAAGAAAGAGGAAACUAGCGCCCAAGAUGAAGUACAGCGACUCCAGAGUUCAGAAGUCAGGACAAUCCAGUCCAUUGAAAGUAAUGAAACUAAGAUUCAGGUGGAAAAAAUAGCACCUACAGCAACGCCACUGGUGGAAGAAAAGGGACAGGAGGAGUUACUGGCCACACCGGUUGGGCAGGUGAAAACUCUGGUGGUAUGCGACUUUGCUCCACCCUCCAGUGAGCCACAUGGCCCGAGGGAGGGGUCUGAGGGAAACCUGACCAAGGAAUUUGAAACAGAAGACCACCUUGAUGCAGAGCAGCAACUCCCAAGCCGGGAGACACAAUAUCCGGCCGACAAAGAAAUAAGCAGCUCCGAAGACAUUCACGCUGCCUCGGGUAACACAAGAACAGCAGAAGUCGAGAUCACACCCUUAUUUAGAGAGGCAGCCGAGCAAGUUUCCCUCCUCGAAGAAGCAAACAAGCAAGUAGAAGUGAGCGCAGAGACCAGCAGCACCACAACAACAAGUGCAGUCACAGAUACUCCUGCUGUAGAGGAGGUUGUCACAGUCGCUUUGACGGUGCUGCAAUCAGAUGCCACAGAGAUUGAGCACAAUAGGGCUCCGCAGGCUGAGACUGAGUGGGCGGAUAAAGUUACUCAGAGCUCAGAAGGAACCAGGACAGUGCAAGAACAGGUGGUGGUCGAGCUGUCAGCCCUGAUCGAAGACACGCACCUUCAACCAGCAGAAACUACAACCGGCUUGAAUGAAGGGUGAGUGUCAAGUCUUUUGGCCUUUUUUAAAGUCCUUUCAUGUUCUUGUAAGUCUUUUAAGUUUGUUUAUAAAUUUUUUAAGUUUGAUCUUUUUUUUAAUCUUUGAUAUUUAUAAAUUUUUGAUCUUUUGUAAGUCUGAUCUUGCAGGUGUGAAUUAAUAUGUAUAUGUAUGGAUUAACAGGCUCUUUGAAAUAGUGUUUAACUUGUGGAUGAUGCUGACUAAUUUCACUUAAAAGACACUUAAAGUGAAAGGGCAGCUGUUGAGUAAUUUUAAAAAAUUGUCAGGGUGUCAUUUAGGAAAUUGAGUCUUUGUUUUACUUGGCUAGUUUGCACCACAUGUUGCCUCAGGGGUGUGUUUGACACCUGAAUUAGCGCUGAUGUCUUGCCUGUCAUUUGUGCAGCCAAGAUGACGGAUUUCUUUCCUUUCCUUUUUUUUUUCCCGCUGGAUAACAAUAACUUCACUGUCUGACUUUGUGGUGAUAAAAUGUGGUUGCCAAACACUUUCUCUGAUAAAAAAGCCAACGCUCUGAGCUGUCUUAUUUACCAACAAAGAUGUCUGCAUACCUGGGAAGUUUUGAGCACACCCUUUUGUACUCGCGAUGUGCCACAUGUUGAGUGAUGUAGUCAAAGAUCAGUGGAUGUUUUGAGCUUCAUUAUCGCAUGCCUUUGUUUAAUCAAUCUGCAGCUGGAAAAUAAUCAUUUUCUGUCAAUCAUUUUGAUGUUUCGUUGCAUCAAUAUAAAGUCCUUUGAGUUUCUGGUAUGUGUGGAUGUACUCAGAUGGCAUGCUGCUUAACUUAGCAUAGAAAUGGAUUUGCUUUAGGUGUUCUGAAAUGGUUUUUAAUGAAGGUAGGGAGUGUUGCAUAUCUUUUGGCAGCUAAAAGAGUUUAAAUCAACCAUAUCUGCUCUUUUGUCUCAAAGAAGCACCAUCUCAAGCUUCUCCACAAUGGUUUUAUAUCCAUGGUUUCUGUUUCCCUGCAGCUUUCUCCUGCAAACAUAUAUCAGUCAACUCACAAUUUUUAGCUCUCAACAGAGACAUAGUUUGACUCCUUGGGUUCAGAGUGAUUCCCUUUUUCAUGAAGCAGAGCGAUGUACAUUUCACAUAUAUGCUGUUAGCAAAGUGAAGAAUAAUCCUCUGAAACCUGUAGCGCAGGCUUACAUGCCAGGAGGCUCAUGUGCCUACUAAAAACAUCCACGGUGUCACAAAGUUUGGAUUUGGCAGAAUUAUCUGACGCUGGCCGUUUACCAAGCAUUUUAAUGAGACUUAAAGUGAAGCGCAAGGAAAUUUGUGCAGAAGUUUGAGGCUGUGACUCACUUCAAAAUGCAAAGAAAGUCUUAAGUCUUCCUCUGCUUGGAAAAAACAGAUUUGAAUCAUCGUAAAUGUUUGCAAAAUGUCAGAUUCAGUGUAGAAAUCACUGACAGGCUGCUUUUUAGUGCCAGUCAAACAUACGGUUAAGUCUGCAUGACUUCUUAUUUAUUUAAAGUCUUACGUCUAGGAACGUGAAUGCUGCACUAUCUUGAUCUUGUGUCCUCAACGCCACGAGAUGGCAGCAAAGACUUGUCUUCAUGUGAGUGAAAGUUCAUGGCUAAAGCUCUGCCAAGUAAAGCUUACACCCAGAUGACAGAUAAAUGGUAGAUAAGUAAAAGUUCAUUCAUUUUAUUUUGAUUUAUUUACUAUUUUCCCAAUUCCAACUUCCGUUUCUGGCUUGAAAUACAUGCAGUGUGUUUCGUCUACUUUCUCUACUUCUAUCACAUUUUUAAGGAUGCUCUCUGGGUGGUAAAAAACACAGGCUGAGUUUGUGUAUCAUCACCUUUUAUUGGUAUUUUUUUUCUUUCAUCAUGUGUCGACACACACAGGCUGUGUCCUCCUACACCUAAAACAACAUAGUUCCAGUUAAACAGGCAUGCUGAUGAUCACUGAGAGAUAAGGCGUUUAAAGCUGCCCCGCCAGUCUUACAGGACGCCCAGUAGCAAUGUCCUCAGGAGUGAAAGACAGGGAGUCCCACCCACUCCAAAGGGUCAAGCAGUAAAAAAGAAAAUACUUAACUUACCAUUUAAAUCUGCUUUUACUUCUAUUUACUCAGCGAAAACACUUUUAACACCCACCAGAUCAUAAACGCUCAUUUUCGUUCAGUAACUCAAAGAAGUCAGAAGAACCACAAAUUCAAGCGACUGUUUAUUCUGAAGUGUUGACAAGUGUGGAAAUAUUUGUGGUAGGAGGACAUAUAAAGCCAGUUGAGCCACUUGUAGGUCUGAGCAGCAUCCUUUUGUUUUCCUUUCAUGUGUGGCUGCCUGCCUGUCGUCUCACGGCUUACCUGACACUCAGGUGGAAUGACAAACUUGUGGAGAAUUUCCACAGUUGAAAAUCCCCUUUGGUGAACAAAGCAUGUCGAGGUUAGAGGUAAAACUUGACCUAAAAUGCUCUCUAUCACACUUUUUAACACCUCUUAUGAAUCAGAUAACCGAAAAUAUGAAAGUCUCAAAAGUGAUGCAGGAAGAAAGUCGCUAUUUUAUCAGCUGGAGACUUUAUUUUGGUUGUUGAUAUUAAAGGCACUAUAAGGAGUUUUAAUGUUUAAUGCUUUGGACAAAUUUGCAAGUCUUUUUUCUGGGAUGAAGACUACAUUACCCAUGAGCAUCAUCUGCCAUAAAAGAGGCUCUUGAGAGCGUAAACACUUGUUGUAGAAGCAAAUGAGAAGAAUAAAGAUCUAUUAAAAUGAUUGUAUCUGUGUAGAAAUUGUAGCUUUAAUUUAACAAUAACAAAAAACAUUUAAAACUCUAGUUUAUUACCAGUCGUUGAUAUGUGCUCUAGUCUUUUAGUAAAUGUCUUAAAACCUGAAUAUGAACCCAGUUGAGUUUUUAUUUGAUCUUUAAAGAGCAGUCAAGUGUUCACACGCUUGCAGAAUUCGAUUGUAAAGUUCCUCCAUAUCCCAUAAAAUAAUGUUACGACAGAGAACUUGUCGUUAUGCUAAUUCUGUUUCAGUAUCAGCCAUGAAUACAAAACAUUGUACACAAAAAUAUUAUCUAAAAAAACAAUUUUCUUGUUGAAUGACUUGAAUUACAAAAAAUUUAGAGCAAAAAAAUAAGCUUUCUUUAUACUGUUAAUCUACUUUAUUAUGUAGGCCAUGAGGAGUAAUUGAAUGCUCUGUCUUAGUGGGCUGACCUCUUAAUUCAGUGGCACAGUUAAAUACAAUAGCAGUGAUCUCUUCUUGGCUGUAGUUACUUUAACGCUUAGUCUAUAUGUAAACUGUACUUGAAGAGUCGACUUUAAUCUCAGUAAAGCUGCAGGGCUUGUACAGUUUGACAGGCAGACGGAUGGUACUAGUCAGACUUCUGUACACUCUGUAAGCCAUUGUUUAAUCCAGUUCUAAUUUUGCAGAAGACUAAAUAUUAAAAAAAAAAAAAGAUGCACUCACUGAUAGAUCUUUUUAUGAAUGAUACCAGUUUUAUUCAGCAUUGUCUGCAGAACUUGUUUUCACGUGAGGUAGGAUGCUUUCUAACUUCCUUGACCAGUCUAUUCAAGAGAACUCUUCCUGGCAAGGAUUCAAAACCAAUAUUUUCAGACGCUCCACCCUGCACGCUCUGUUAGCCGCCUCGGUCAAAUGUUUUAAGCUCUUUGUUUAAAGUCUUUCUUUAGCAGCCUUUCUCCUCGUUACCUGGAAAAAGUUAAACAUCCGAAGCAUCCAGCUUGUACCUUCUGUUUUGCACAUUUUUAACAUAGGUGCUUUGAAACUGGAGAAAUACUUUGUGGAUGAGGUUUCUUCUGCCUCAUUACAGCUUUUCUACAAGAGACAAUGGUUAUUUGCUUCUGAGAAGGGUUAAAUAUUUACUGAGAAAUUACAUGAGAGCAGAUGGUUACUGUGUGAUCAGGUGAGCUCCAAAACUAGACCGGAUAGAGAACUGUUGAAGACACAACGUUAAUACACACUUGCAGGUUUUUUAAAUUUGCAUUGCUCAUGUUCCCAAUCCCACACUGGGACUCCUUGUACUGGAACACAAAAACUGGUAGCCUUGUGUGUACUCCAGCAUGUAUGCAUGUGUGCGUAGGUGUGUCUGUAACAACGUCCUUGUACCUGAAGUGCAUUUCUCAUUACUCCAUAUGAGUUUUGAAGCGUAAGCCCCCGUCUGUCUCAUUAUGUCUGAUGUGACACGACUUGCAUGUUUAUGUCUGAAGUUUAAGAGCAGGUUUAGGAAAGCUGCCAAGAUUUGUGGUUACCCUCGGGGAAAGGUGUGCUUGAGGAGUGUGAAUGUACUCACAUUGUCCCAGCAGGAGUUCUUGAACACCGAGGUGAAUGGGGGGAACAACUAAUCUGCAGUUUAAAGGGUGACAUGUCCUCAAAAGAUCAAAAAAGAUAAGAUGCAAUUACAACAAAGUCUCUCACAAACUAUUGGAUAUCUUGGUUGAAAAAGCUGAGAUUUCAUUUAUUAUUCAUACGUUCCAAUGUUUCAAUCAUAAACUUUAUCCUCUAUCAUGAAUUAAAGCUCCUGUGAAGAACUUUACAUUGAAGCCUAUAAUGUCCCCGUCCUUGUUGAAGUAGUUACCCCUGACAAAAUCUCAUCCUGCUGAGUUUUGGCAGACACGUUUGUCAUUCAUUGUGAACGUUUUAUGUGUAAAUUGUAAAAAACAAGUUUGUUUCUCCAGCUGCUCGGCUGACACCUACCCCCUGGCCCUGGUUUCAGGCAUGAAAAAUUACUAGAAAAAGCCAUCAAUCUUGUCACCGAGGGCUUUGUUUGCAUUUGGAUAUCACGCAAAUGCACUUAUGUGAAUUUCAGAAUAUCUUGUAAAUGUCAAAAACUCCUUAUAGGAGAUUUAAGGAGAACCACACUCUACUUUUCAACAAUCAGCUCUUUUUAUUCCGUCUUAGUCUUACAUUUAAUACUUGCACAGUUAAAGCUCCUAUAAGCGGUUUUUGAACAAUCAUAGAAGAGAGUCAAAUUAAUAUUAAUGCUUCUAUACGAGCCAUAAGAGCUGACGACACCAUCAGAGAGAUGAUGGAUUAUUUCUAUACAGUCAUCAUUUGAGGUCUCAAACAGCUGCUGCAGGGUAGGUGUCAGAUCAAAUCAAUCACUGCAGAAAAACCCCUCUCUCUUUUUUUUCAUUUUCCAUAGCCAAGAUCCAUACUGUCUCUUACAGUUAGAUGUUUAAAAGUCUUUUUUUGUCAGAUUCACGUGUACAGGACAAAAUAAUAAAAGAGAGAGGCUACACUUUUUGUCCACAGGGGGCGCCAAAAUCCACUAAUUCAAAAAGUUCCUCACAGGAAUUUUAAAAGUCACAGCUCCAGAUUGUGAUAUCAACAUUCGUUUCUACAUUUUUAUCAAAUGCUUAGCUUUAGAAGUGUUUUGUCAGCAUUUUUUAACUUUAUUUCACUUUUUUCAUCUCAUUAGAGAACAAAAACUGUGUCCGAUUGUGACCUUUUGAGGUUAUUUUUCAACAAAUGGUAUUAUGUGCCUCAGCAGGGAAAUUAUCUUCCUUCAUGACCUAUAAAAUAAUCCAACUGGAGCUCCACACUCGUGUAUCUCACCACAUUUUGAAAAAUAAGGCGUGAUUUCACUCACUCUGCCAAAUAGUUCCGGGGUCUAAUGUCAGAUAUAAUGACAGGGGCUGACUCACUGUGUGCUCGCUUAUAUAAUGUAAUGAUCUUUUUUAUCCUUCAUUCACCCACACAGUCGGUAAGAAUAAAGAGCAGUUUACCAUAAAUGACAGAGUCUAUAAUCAAACCACUCCUAAAAACUUUCCAGUUUAUGAGAGAAAAACUGUUAAAUGUCAGAGGACUCUUCUCAUGCAGAUAAACUCAAAGUUGUUGUGCAAACUUUUUAAAGUUCAUUGAGAGUUUGAGAGAUUUUAAAGAUUUUAUUUGUGAAAAUAUGUUAAGCCUGCAUGGUUUACAUACAGAAAAAGUUUGUAGAUCAUAUGGAUACCAUAUUUAAUCAUUCUGUCAAGCCAGUUUAUGAACAUUUAUUAUCGUUGGUGCAAUAAGGGAAAAAAAAAGUAGGGCUCACAUUUCACUCCUGCUAAGACUGAGAGUUUCCAAGAUUAAAUUCCUCAUGAUUUCUUCACCUCAACAAACCAGAACUGCUGCUGGGAAAGAAACCAAUUUAAUGAUGCGACUUAAACAGUUUAACUUUAAAGAUUUAAGAGAAUGUUUUUCUCAUACAGAGCUGUUUCAUUUCUUUAAGGGAGAAAAAAAUAAAGAUUAAAAAGGCAACAGGCUUCUUACUGUAAACCAAAUCCGCUACUUAUCAAGACUUAUUUCUCAUAAUAUUAUGACUUUACCAAGACUUUAUUUUUUUUCUAACAAUAUGACCUUAAUCUUGUCACUUUAUGACUUGGUUUUCAAAAUACUUUUUUAGUAAGAAUAUUAUUGUUAUUACUAUUUUACCAAGACUUUAUUCUUGCCAGAUAAUUAUGUAAUAAGAUUUUUUAAAUACUUUUUUAUGUAGUUAUUACACUCUCAAAAACGUCAAAGUCAAGAAAAAAGUAGCUGCCUCAGAUUUUAAAAGUAAAGAUAAUAACAAAAUGCCAAUUACAUGCACUACCUUGUACUUCCAGCAGGGGGUGAGUCCAAAUUGAGUGCGAACCAGUCUAAACAAAGUCAGUUUUAACUCUUUUAUCAGAUUUAACUCUUUUAGUACUUGAAUUUAUACAUCACUGUAACAUUUUAAAAAUUACCCAGUAGGUUCAAUCACUUGUUGUAAAUUCUCUGCAAGAUUAUUAUGAUUUUAAUUUUUGAAUUACGCCCCUAACAAGAGUAGAAUAACACAUCAAACAAGUAUUUGAUCCAAAAUCUGCACUUGUAGGUCCUCAGAAAAGACAAAGCUGCAAAAAAUGCCGAACUCAGAGUUUUAAAACACUUGAAGAAGUGCGACUCAACCAGAUCACAUCAAACUCUUACAUGCAAACUAUGCCCUAAAAAUUCCCAGGCUGUGAAAAACAGAACAACAUGUAAAAAUUCUGCGAAUCGCCCCUUUAAAAUAUGUGCCUGAGGUAGUAAUUCCAAAUACCUUUCCCCUUGUUUGAAUAUGUUGUUUGUAUUCUUAUUAUAAUCAUGAUAAUCUUGCUGUUGUUGCAUAAACUGCAGAGAUUUAUUUAAAAUACGAAACUAUCGGCUUUGAAAUCAAACUCUCGUUAAAAAAGUGACACAGAAAAAUGUGAAAGCUGUAACUUAUAGACGCUAUCUGAUAUCUCUUUGCUGUUUGUCUGCUGGUGUGUGUGUGUUUAAUGAGGCCCCCACUGGAAAAGAAAACACACGUGUUGACUUAAAGUUACCCUGAAUCGUCAGCUGACUGUGUUCGGCUUAUUUGCACACAUCCUCCGAGCGCAGACCUGUCCCUGCUUUCUGUUUAUGACUUGUUUGUGCACGGGGCUGAUCCAGCUGAAACUUUUGCCUCAUUUCUGCUCUGAGUCUCCAAAAUGGCUGACAUGCCUUUGAACCUUUUAAUAACUUCAGUUUAGAUAGGAAAAUUAUCAGAUUGCCUUUUUAUGAUGAUCAAACAUGAAGAGUCAUGAUAAUAAAAUCCACUUUGCAUAAUUUGCAUUUUUGGAAUUGCAUGAUUGCCACACCCUGGACGCCUUGCAGCAUUUCAUAGUCUGUGGACAUGCGGGCGUUAUUAAAUCUGAAUAUUUCUGCUCUUCUCGCCACUUAAAGCUGAAUUCUUGUCUUUCUAGGUCCCUGACAGCAGACCAACCUGUGUCAGAAAAUCAGCCCCCAGAAGCUGAUCAAGAGUUGGACGACAAAAUGAACUCAGGCUACAGCAGCCUGAGCACCAAACUGUCCUUUAAGACCUCAUCGCCCCCCAAAGAGGAUGAGUCCAGGUAUCGUGUGCAUAAAAUGUCCCUGAUCAGUGAUUCUGACAGCAGAGAGAGCAGCCAGGACUCUGCAGUGGACUCCGUGAAAACUAUCUCCACUGUGACUGAGUCAAACGGCUCAGAUCUGGACUCAGAGUACAGGUGGAGGAACAGAUUCGAGGGGGUGUCUCAGUUCAAACCACACACGACAGAGGAUUUCUCUCUCUCUGAAUCUCUGAGCUACUCAGACACCUUCUCCAGCCCCUCCUCCUUGUCCUCUCUGUCCUCCUCCUCUGCCCUCCCCGAAGCUACGGCCUACAAGCAUGCCGAUAAUGCCUUCCCCUCCUCCUCUUCCUCCCCCGCUUCUGAGGAACACAUCAUCCUCACCAGCAGGGUGAGUGACAGGAGCGAAGUUUACCUGAGCCGUGAGAGCGAGCUGCCAGCAGACGAGUGGAGGAGAGGCUUAGAGGAGCGGGAGGAGCCUGCUGCACCUGCAGGAGAGAAGGAGAGAGGGGGAGAGUCAGAGAGGUUCAAGUCGAGCUGGGAGGCACACCAGAGUCCUGUUACCAGCUCCUUCUCUGCAACACAAACCAGCUACGACAAAACAGACUCUUUCCAAGAAGAGGACAACGACUCGGCUCAUUUCACCGGGGUGUUCAAAGCCACGCUGGUCGAGCUGGUCCCCGACCUCACGCCUCCUGCCCCCUCCACUCCCCCCGCCUCCCCUGAGACAGAGUCCCCCCAGUGUGAGAUGGACAGCCUGGUGGACACGCUGAAGAGCAUGGGGCCGGCCAUGAGGCUGAGGGGCAUCGGCCCGCGCCCUCCUGUUCCAGUCCUCAUGUCCUCCUUGCCACCGAUCGUGGAGGAUGCUCCCAGCCUCGUCCCCAGCUUGGACGUGCGUGACUCGAUCAGCAGCCCUGAAAAGAAGAUUGAAGUAGCAGGAAAGCCAGCAGAGUCCCAGAAUGGAGCUUAUGCUCUGCCUGCAGACCUGGGACUGAAGAGGAACGCUGCCAGAGACUCUCGCUCCCCUCUGGAGCUGAUGAAGCAGAACCAGCAGGUAGGGUACAAGCUGACCUUUAAUUCCCUGAAUGAUCUGAGCUUCUUCUUCAAAAUCCUUAAAGUUUACCAAGGAUUGUGUUUAAAGGCCACAUAGUUUUGUUAUAAGGUGCAAAGAGCAAAAACUACUAAAAAAAGACUAAAUAUAGUUUAGUUAUGAUAGUCAUUCAUAUUGUCUUAUAUUGUAAGAGUUUUUGAGUAAGCUGCUUUGAUUGCUAUUUUAAGAUUCACAAAACUGACUAAAACUGCUCUCAUCUCAUAGUUUAUUUCAGCUACAUCCAAAACUAACUCUUUACAUGUUUGUGCAUUUUUAAUCAGAGCAUAAAAAAAGAGUUAAUAAGAUAAAAACAUCUGCAAGAAAAAGCGAGUCACACUCUGCAAAACUGGAAAAGUGGGUGUGUCGAAAUGAAAAAAUGCAAAUAAUUUCACUGGAAACAUGCUUGGGAAAUGAAGCGUCCUUGAACUUCCAUGACGUGGUAAACUUGUUCUCUGUCCAACAGAUUUGAGAUUUAAUUCCCAAGAAAAGCACAAAUUAGCUUAAUCAAUGUAAACAUGAUUUAAUUUUGCAUUUAUUUAUUUGAGAUUUGGUCGAAACUUGUGCAACAUUUGAGAAACCAAAAAAAUGAGGAACUUACUUUUGCUAAACUAGAAAUAAAAAGUGAAAGUUUUGGAUAAAAUCUUUGCAAUAAGCUCAAAAUCAUGUGCAAACUUUAACAUUUUAGUAGCAGAUUUUCAAAGUCUGUCAGCCCCACAUUUACCUCUUUAUUAAAUUGUGUUGCAGGCAAAUAUCUCCAGUCCUUUGCAUGUAAAAUAAAACAAUUGUUAACUAUCAGAGGUGCAUGUUCUCUGUUUUGGGUGAACUAACCCUUUAAUCUGUUGUUAUAUUAAGUACAUUUCCCUCACUCUCAUGCAGGAGCAGCUUGUGAACCUGCCUCUCAGAGCAUCUGCCACCAACAGUAUUACCAUGAGAAUGUCCUCUGACUCCUCUCCUGAGGACCUGAAACCCUCUCUGCUGAAUGGGAACGCAGGACUUCAGUCUCCAGGGUCCACCUCCCGCCUGGACAGCAGCGUGAUCUUCUCGAGCUACAGAGCAGGAAGCAUCGAUCAGAAGCAGGAGAACCGACAGACCCAUCGCCAACUCUUCCGCACUGGCUCACUGCCUGAAACAGGGCUUUCCAACGACCGCAUGAGCAAGGCGGCCAAUGACUUUACUGACCUUAGCAGUGGAGCAGACCCAUCCGGAUCCCGCUUCGAUCGUUUCGCCUUCCUUUUGAACUCCUCGUCCUCCACAUCGGGCUCCUUGACCGGAGCUGAAGACCAAAACAUGCGUAUGAGUCGGCCUCCACAGCUGGGUGGCUCACCGACCUCCAGCAACAGCCCCAACCGCCUCCUCAGCCCCACCGGCUCCAUAGACCUUCAACGAUCAUUAACUAACCAAGACUCACCCAUAUCACUAUUUGGCCAGAACCAGAACCAGGGGAUGGGGAUGGGGAUGGGUGUGGGUACUUCUCCCUUCCUGCAGAGAAGCUUCAGUAGCGAGGGCACCAUGGGGGUCCAGCAGACUCCCCUCUUCAACAGCGUGCAAGCAGGGUCUCAGUUCCAGAGCCAAGAGCAGGAGAGGAAUAUUUUAUCCAAAUACAGAGCCUUCCCUGAUGCCUAUGUAAGUAUCUAAGAAAGUAAAAUACAGAUUAAUUAAGGAAUAUUUUGGCGUAAGAUUAAGUUAGGGUCAAACACAUCGUAACACCGAGUUAGACACCCCCUCGAGAGAUGAAUGUUGCCGACCGCUUGCUUCUCUAGUUAUACCAACUUUAGUAACGACCAUAUGAUAGCAAUACACAGCGGUCUCAGGAGCCAUAAACAAACCUCAACCAAAACGCCACUCUGUAGCCACAAAUAAUGCUCAGAACAGCACCUAACUUCAUCAACAGUACAUAUAGGGUCCUAGCCACAGCACUAGCCACCAAACAUCUUUUUAACUUUACCCGAUGUCUUUAGCAAAGAGACUAAACACAACUCACCUACUCUCUUCCAGCAGCCGCUUGUUUGUACGGAGACCUCAGGCCAGUCCAUUACUGCAGCGGGGUGCCGCAGCUCAAGGAAGAACAUUUAUGAUCAUUACUUCAAGGAAAUGAUAUGCUUGAUCAUAAAUGUUCUUCCUUGAGCUGCGGCACCCCGCUGCGGUAAUGGACUGGCCUGAGGUCUCCGUACAAACAAGCGGCUGCUGGAAGAGAGUAGGUGAGUUGCGUUUAGUCUCUUUGCUAAAGAAAUUAGGCAAAGCUAAAAAGUUGUUUGAUGGCUAGGACCCUAUAUGUCCUGUUGAUGAAGUUAGGUGCUGUUCUGAUCAUUAUUUGUGGCUAUAGAGUGGCGUUUUGGUUGAGCGCGUGGCUCUCUGUAUUGCUAUCUGCAGUUGUUACUAAAGUUGAUAUAACUGGAGAGUCAAGCAGUCAGCAACGUUCAUCUCUCGACGGGGUGUCUAACUCAGAGUUAUGGUGUGUUUGACCCUAACUUAAUUUUACGCCGGAAUAUCCCUUUAAUGUGUUCAGUCUGCAUGCCACUGCAGAACGGAUGUUAAAAGAGCUCCUUGAUUUGCAUAUUUGUCGGUCUGCACAUGCCUUCAAAGUGAGUGUACCUGCAGAAACAUCUCAGUGUGGAAGUGGUCCUCGAGCUAGCAUGCAUUUGAAAUUAGAGUAGUCAGCAUGCUCCAAACCCUCCCUCGGUCAGGUACAUGCUAUUCCCACUGAGCAUCCAAAAAAUCACACAGACAGAGGCGUGUAUCCUUCAUGUACACACUUGCUCCGACAUGCAUGUGGGCAUGUGAAGUGUUAACUCAUUAGAACAUGUCAGAAAUGAUUUUUAUUGGUAAAAGGAGGGAACAUCUGCCGCACGUGUGCAGCACACAUGGCGACGCACUCACACCCGCUUUCUCACACUCCACAGAUGCAAACCAACUCUGCUCUUCCUGUUUUGCACAUAAAUCGUUAAGUGUUAAUCGCACUAUAAACCAUUAGACGUUUUAUAUUAACGGUUAUGUAAUAAGAGUGCAGUUGUGUCUGGGAGAGUAAACAAAAAAACACAAAUCCAACACCUAGGGCGAUGAAACCAGAUCCUUACAUUACCCCUUUUAAUGAUGCUGUUCUCUGAAGUAUAUCACUUGUUGAUACAUGCAAAAUGCUGGUAGCGUUGUUCAGUCCGUGCACACACAAAGGGAGCACCAAAGUGUAACUACACCGUCAUUAGUCUCCAGCAGUCCUGUGCAGUUUAAUACAAAUGUUUGCACAGGAUGUUUGUUCAGGCUCCAGCAAAGCCCAGUUAGCCCCUGUGAUGUUCAACAGUAUGGCUGCUGCAGCUCAGUUUUCCAGGUACGCAAAGUAAACAGGCUGACCGCAGAUCAUGUUACUGACCGGGUCACUGCGGCUGACGCUGACUGUAGACAGUAGAGGCUUGUUCUCCAUCAACAAAGUUUUCCAUCAACAAAGUCUUCAGAGGACAGAAAAAUAAUGUCAUCAGACUUGUAUUAAAAACAUGUAACACAAUGGAGUAGUUAUGUAGAUUUAAGCGUAAAAAUUUGGUGAAAAUGCCAUCAGAUUCCAAAACACAAAGUUGUUUUUACAUUUCAACAGUUUGUCCAUUUUAGCAUUGAAAAACGAACAGGCUGGAUUAUUUCUACAGCAUUUCUUUAAACUAAUUUACAAGAUUUUUGUGCAACGGUUGUGUUUGGGUUACAAAUCCUGCACCACAUUGGCUUCAUGAUGAUGAUUAAAAAGAAAAAAAAAGCUCAGGGACAUUGUUGAGGGAGCAGUUUCUGUGCAACUCUGACCAUGAAUGCAGAGAGACCCUUUUGUGGAUCAAUCUAUAACAACCUUUGUACUUUUCUGUAGAUUUCUGUGGCUGAUAGUAAAGAGCGCUGGAAUCUGUCUUAAAUUUAAGUAAACAAUGCACUGUAUUAUCGUCACUCUAUGAUCUGACAGUCUAAAACAUUAUGAUCAUGUAUGUUCCUUUAAAUUUCCAGAGAAGUACCAAAACAUUUGCAUUUUCCCUGUGAGAACUUCCAAAGAUCAACUGAUUACAGGCUUUACUUAGGAUGUAGUUUGCAGGAACUUGCAUGAAGAGUUAUUUUUUAUUAGAAGGCUGUGUUUAAAUUGACAGAAACAUAAAGUUCCUUAUAGUAGCUUUAAGUUAAAUAAGCACAAUGGUAGUUAAACCGUAAAAGUUUGUGCAAACAAGUCAAAAGCAUUGCAAGAGUGUACGAGCAGGCUGCAAAAUUCAAUGCAAAUUUAACAGAGGUGCAAUAUUUCAACAUUGGAAAUGUGCUGCAGAAGAAAAAAGAAUAAUGAUGCAACAGAAAGAAAGCUGCAUGCCAUUGCUUUUGGCCAGCUUCAAGUAGGAGACGUGCUAUUAAAAUCAAAUUUAAGAAAAAGUCCAAAUCUAGAGAAAUUGUGUCUUUUAUCAGGGAGGAAACCAAACUAUAAGACAGCUUCUACCAGUUAAAGUUGUAGGUGAGAGGUUUCCGUUAUCAGGGAUUUAUUUUACAGCUUCAUCCUGCAUUACAGUGUUAACUCUGAGUGAGAAAUAAUGCCUGACUUGUUGUGAAAUUGUUAUACAGCUCUUAAAACGUUAUUUGGGAGAUGCUGCAGGACUGAUGUAUAUCUCUGGCAGCACUAUCAUCACGCUUUGUUAAGGAGGCAUAUAAAUCAGUCACGCCGUUGAACUCCUUCACGCCGUUAAACCAUCAGUGACACUUUCUCAGCUGGUGGGAGUAAAAGCCUCUCAAUCAUUACCUUUUGGCAGAACCCUCCUCUCUGUUUUUCCUGUUUCUAUCUCCACUGGGCUCCCCACCCAUCCCAGCUAUCUGCCCGUUCCUGCAGAGACACGGCCACACCUCACCUCGAGUGCUUAUCCCCGUGUCUCUCCUCUGGUUUUCUCGAUAUUUGACAAAGCCGAGUUGACAGGAGGGAAGUUUUAAAGAUGGUUGAGUAAAUAGGAGAUGACAAAGGAGAUUAUCCGUUCCUCCUAGCGAGGGAUUGAUUGGCAUUGUUUCUAAAAGUCACCGCUGUGAUUUGCUGAAACUGCACAUUCCUUCUGCGGUGACUUGUUUUAUGGGAGAGUAGUUCUCGGAGAGGAGAAGGUACAGAUGUGGAAAAGUGUCUCACGGGAUUUGAUUUGAGUUGGCAUCAUGGCAGAAGUAAAUACAUCAUUGCCCAUGAAUGAUGCCUAUCCUUGUUUUUAAGAUGCAGAAUGAAAACAAGGAGUGAAUUUAAGAUAAAAGCAUUCAUGCACAUACAAGUAGGAGCUAUAUCUGCAGAAUGAUGAUACUUGAGAUUAUAGUCUCAAUGAUGCAUUUUUUAGCUAUUUUGAGAGAGUCAAUAUAGUUCAAGUUGAUCAAUUAUGAAUGAAUUUGUACAUAUGUACCCUCCAUAUUAUAUAUCUUAUCUCAUUUUGCAUGUAUAGCAGGUUAAGGCUGUACUCAGAGUCAACCUCUGAUCAAGCUCAAGGUCCCUUAAACAGGCAGAAACCUUGAACAGAACCCUACAUAGGUAGACGGCCAUUUGCCUAGACCGAAUUUUAUUCACAUUGGCUCCAACACCAAGAAUAAUUGCAACAGAACCCUUUUAAUAAUCAAGCCAAACCUAAAACUUUGAGGCAAACCUUGCAUUUCAAUUCAAUCAAAUAAUUUUUCCCCUAGAUUUAAAAGGCAUAUCGACACCAAGAGCACCACUAAGGCUGCAUAUAUAUGGCUUUUAUUGUUUCAUACACAAAAUCCUCUGAGACUGACUCCACUGUCGCCUCAGAACAUGUUAUGAUACCUCGCCAGUCACCCUUUAUUAUCUGUCUAACUAAAUAUUUGUCUCUCACCAGUGAGGGGAUCAGGUUUGUCAGCCCUAAAGCUUCAACAGUAACAGAACACCAUACAAACAAGCCUUAAUAACAUGCUAGAGGAAUGUACAGUACAUGUUGUCAGAUUGUGCAAUAUGACAGUUUGGAUUUCAGUUAUUAUGACUGCAGUUGCACUUAUGAAAAGCUCCCCAGAAACCACAAUCUGCAGCAUUUGUAGCCAAAGUGGAUUUGCAAUACCCAUCCCAAAAUGGAACUUUAAUAUUCAUGACCCUUAAUACACAAAAGAUAAUGAAAAAACAAAUUUUAACCAUUCUCAGUAUAUAGUCAUCCCACAGCUUGGCAACCCUGACAACGUGGAAGCCGUAAAUCUUCUGCACUUCUUUAUAGCUCAACUACUUUGGCAACGUGGCACAGGUGUUUUUUAAUUUGCUCUAGAUAUGACGUGAUAGGCAUGCAUGCAAAAACAACCCCUUGAGAGAUUUGGCCUGCUCGACUUAGAUUUCUGCGCCAGAAUCCAAAUGUCAGAGGGUUUGAGUCAGACCCGGUACCUGCUCUGUUAGUGGUUGUUCUUGAGGAGCCCUUGCCAUGUUUGUUUUGGUGUUUUUCCACCUCUGCAUCAGGCAGCCAAUUGGUGUAUUGACUCAUUAUCAAAGCAUUCCAGCCCACUCAGAUCACUGCACACAUAAUAAGGUCAGAAACUGUCAUGAAUUGACAGCUUUCCCAGAACCCCAGAAAAAACUAAAGUUUAUAUUUAUGAAACAUUAUAAACUAUUAGAUGUGCCAUGCUUUGUUAGAUCUACCUUUGUCCCCUAAAAAGACUUCCCAGACUUUGUGAGUGGAUGUUGAGAAAGUAGCUUCUGUCGUGGCCCUCUUAGGCUGGUAACACGAUCCGCAUGAUAACCUGUUUCCUACAGAGCUUCCACAGAGAGAGGGGGCCAAGUGACACCUGAGACACACGAACACACAAAGACACACAGACAAACCAGCCUCUCCGCUACAUCACCGAGAUACUCCGCUUCCACAUUCCUAGUUUCACGAGUAAACAUCCCCGAAUUAUAGUGACAUUCCUGUCGUGACUAAAUUCCCCGAAUCACUCACCUUUCAUGCACACGCAGUUGAACAAUGAGUUAUUUUCCCUGUUGGGUAAACUUAACAUUUUUUUAGUGCAGACCUCAGAUGAGCUCAUACUGCUGUCAUGAGUGGGGGAGUCGUGAAAGCAUGCAGUUGAACAGGUAGGGGAUGAGGAAUGUAUUUCCACCUGUCAGAGAGGUGCUUGUGCUGUCAUUAAGGGUGUCGUCUUUUAUCGCUUCCCUUCCCUGACGCCCCUAGACACCAUUCACCUGAGUGAAAUACACAUAAACAACGACUGGAUUGGCUGGCAUGUGCAGAUUUCGAAAGCUAGAAAGUAGACCUUUGUGGCGACUGAGGUUGUAGCGUGAUAGUUUAUUUCUUUAGUGACAUAUUGGCUUGAGUUGCUGUGUCGCAUGCAUUACUAUAAUAAAGUUCCGGUUGUUUCCAAUUGUCAACUUUAUAUAAACAAUAAACAUAAAGUUACUUAGCUCUAGGGUAUCAAAAAAGUGAAGAAAACACACGGUGAAAUGAUGAAAAGUUAACUGAAAAACUUCUGUUUCUUUGUCCGUAGCUCACCAAAGAAAAGGAGCAUGGGAAGCUAAAUCCUCGUCCCGGAAAGGUGAGUCCCUCUCAGCCAGAACAGCUCAACCACAAGCUGCUCGGUUACAUGUUAAACCUCAAAGCUAAUCGCUGCUUUUACUGAUUAACCUCAACCAUUGAUUUUGGUUGCAUUUUUAUUACAAAAGCUACAUUUCUACGCAGUUUGCCUCAACGCUGGCUACAUAAACAGUCCUGUCUUUUAUCGUGUGCUGACAUAAUAACCACAGUCUGGUUAACUCAGAGGAGAAACACUUUUUAUUACCCCACAGAGCUUCUCAAACAACCCUUUUGUUCUCUAAUGAUGCUUUCUGGUGCAUUUUCGACAUGUUUUGCACUUUAGUUUAUGGCUUUGUCACAGGAAAACAACAUUCCCAUCAGUCUGAGACACAUUUUCUGUUACAGUAAUAAGCACCUGUUAGCAUCCCAACACUCUGAACUACCAUAGUGGAUAUGGUUACUAUUUUACCUGCUUCACUUUAGAGUGAUAGCUUGUAAUUAUGAGCAAGUUUGGAUGUUGAAGUUCGUAUUUGGCCCCCAGACAAGAAAGUGUACAACAAGCAUGAUUAUAGACGCUGGUUAGAGUUUAUGUUGGUGUAAUAGUUUCUUGAAUUCCAUUUUAAAACAGUUUUACUUGUUAGAGACGGAGUAAAUUUACCUGCUUUCAACAUAGAUAAGGAAUCGGGUGUGUUUUACCGAGAGUUUAAAGCUUUUAAACAGAGUCAAUAUUCAGCAUUCAGUCUCAUAAAAACACACAAUACCACUGAAAUAAUGAAGAAAUAACGGUAGAUAAACUCUUAAUUCAACAAGCUAAAAAUGAGUAGCCCACAGCUUUAGCUAGCAUUUGUAGCUCACCAGCACUUGAUGGUAGAUUUGAAAGAUUUUCUUUAAUUUAUCUUUUUUCCACUAUUUAAAAAGCUUGUUGGCCGUAUUUAUAUCUACAAUCUGUUUUAUAAUAUAGGGUUGUCAAAAAUCAUAAGAUUUAAGCUCCUGAGAGGAGCAUUUAUGGAGUAGACUGUAAUUCAUAUUGAUGCAUUUUUAUAAAAACAAAAGCAAACAACACCAUUAUAGACAAGGCAGUUUUUUUUUGGUCAUUUUUAACGCCUGAAACUGGUGUAAGUGGGUAGGUGGAAGGGCAUCUGGGGAAAUAGACGUGUUUCUUUAUAUUUUUUCAUAAAAUUAUUACAAUGCAUUACAUGUUUGACUGUUAAAAGUCAGCAGAAUUCAGUUUUAUGUAAAAUGUAGCUACUUAAGUAAAGUCUGCCUUGUCCACAGGGGGCGCCAAAAAUGAAAAACCAUGAAAGUUCCUCACAGGAGCUUUAAUAUCCGUUCAGAAGAGACUACACAACCAGCCAUUUUGGAAAGCUAGCUGAGUACUGAUUGGUGAACUUACCCGCAUUUGUAUAAAAGCAAAAGAUUUACAAAGCUACUAAUUAACAUUCAACAAACAUAUCAUUGAAAAAAACUUAAAUUAGGAACUUUAUUUAGUGUUGGUUUUGGAGAUCCUGGUGGUUUAAGUGUAGACUUUCUUGUCUUUAGUCCUGUUCUGCACAGGUCUCUGUGUUUCUGUCUUUUAACAAUCAAAUCUAUCUUUCGUUGAGCACCUUAAUGUUUGAUAAAUAAUCAGCUAAACUCCUCACAGGCACUCAUAGAUAUAAAAAAAAGGGUUUCUGCAUCUGUCACCACAUGCUCUCCUGUAACCUUUCCCCGGUCAAACCAGCAGUCAGUGUGGUUAAACCUUUUGUUCGACAGCGGAUUACCAAAAAACACUCCCAGACGCCUCCGGUGGAAUUUCAACCAGUGAUUAGUGUCAUUGAACUUCAUACCUGCUACUUUUACCCUUUCUGAGCCACAUGCUGUAUUAACAUUCAAAUGUCAGGCCUGCCCCUGCAUGCAGCUGGUGAACGAACAAACGCUUUCUCGUUGAGAUUUGAUGAAGGAUAUUGAAUACUUGAGGAGGAGCUGACAUUUAACUUCUGCUCCUGAGUACUCUUCCAUGCUGCAGGGCCCCGGGCCUGAUCCGACCUAACAUGUCGGAUCUGCAGACGUACACUGUGGUUUUCUUUUGGAGGUAUCUGUAACCAAAUUCAGCCCUAAGAAACAAAGAAUUCCCUUCAGGAGUUUCAUCAUACUUGUUGGGUUUGAACUUUGCUAUUAAUAGGUGUGCAGAAUGAACUACUGUGCAAUUUACUUAAUACUCCUGUUUCUGCCUGGCUCUGGCACUGUUCUCGCAUCAGUUAUGAAGAAGCAAUUAGCAUGAAAUGUGAUCUUUCUGCUUAGAUGUGAAAUCUGAGAUAAAACCAUUGGUGAGAAAAUCUCCAGUGUUUAAUUUCACAGAACAAUAUUAAAGUUUUUUUCUCUCGCCUGCAGUUAUUCCUAUAAUUUUAUCAGGGUUACGUUUCUAUCACUCUCACUGAUAUGCUCCUAAUGUUAACAUUUGCUCUCUAAUCAACAUAUCUGAUUAGCUAAAUGGUCCACAUAUGGAAAGGUUUUACUUUCUGCUUGUGGGGAAAAAUGUCUGUCUGAGGCUGCAGAGCUGCAAAACUUCGAUUCUGAAAAGGCAAAAUUCUUCACCAGCAAAUCUCUCACUUUUUCUCCAGAUGUAUAUCUUCGACCGACCGGGGAUGUGCGGCCAGAGGAUCGAGGUGCGCAGUGAUGUUAUUGAUGCUACGCCCUGGGAGCUGCAGGAGACCAUCUCCAUCCGGGUCGUAAGAGGAGGGUGAGCACAAAAAACUGUAGACAAUCUAACUGAGUUUAUUCUACCUGAGUUUUACAUAAAGAUGUGGAGUCCCAGCACCUCUGAAUUCCUAGUUUACACUGUACGUUUAAGUCAUGUCCAGCUGUAUGGGGACAACCAUGUUGCAUUUAAACUAACCUUACAAACUACAGCACCCACAGCCUUGUCUCAUUUGCAUUCCUGUCUAAAAAUUUGCCUUCGAAGUUAAAAAAAAAUGGAUAAACCACAGAGCUUAGCAGUAACACCAAUGACACACUACACUGUCUACAAGCAAUAGCUUGAUUCAAUAAAAAAAAUAAACAAAUAUCAGGGCACUUGUUAUACUUGGACUAUUGUUUUGUAGUUGCAGUACACGAGACAAGACUUAGAUGUUUGUUUUUUUUUGCUUAAAGCUACUGUAAGUAACUUUUUUCUUUUUGUUGAUUUUGGCGCCCCCUUUGGAUAAAGUGAUGCCUCUUGUCCUGCAAAUGAAUAACAGAUUCAGACAACUAAAUCCUGUUUUCUUUUAACAGUGAAAUAAAUCACCAAAUCUGAUUAUUGGCUGUGUAAAAAGUGAGCAAAGUUGUUUUUUUUUUUUAGCUUGCUGUCUAUCAUCUGGUCUGGCAGCUUCCCCGUUGAGGCCAUUUCAGACAAUAGAAAUUUAAAUAGAACAAAAGCAGCCUUGUUUCUGGUGGUCUCUUUUGCUUUUAAAGGUCAGAAAGAGGUAUCAGGAUCAGUUUCAGUCUAUUGUGCAACCACUUGAAAAAACACUUACAGUGCCUUUAAAGUGUUAGCCACCAAACUCCUAUUUUGUCCUGCUGUGUAGAGUUUCUCAAAGCCAGUUUAUUUUAUGUAGAAUGAAACUCUUUUGGGUGUAUUUUUUAAGUUUCUAAAUAUUUUCAGUGUAAAACAGUACACAUUAGCUGUGUACAUUUACUUUUUAGAUUUUACACUGCUACUGUCUAUCAUCCCUACGGCUACUACAAGUGGAUUUAGAAGUCCACAAGCCUUCGUAGCCGUCCUCUCCAACAUGGGAAAGAUAAAUAGAAAGAAGAGUAGAACAAAAAAAAAACAGGUUUCAAGAGCAAUCAACACGGUUUCUUUUCACAUGUUUUAGCACUAAACUGGCAGUAAGUCUGUCUUUUCCUCUUUCUACCGCCACAUAUUCAACAGUCUGUCAAAGUAGACGCUUCCUCAGGUCUUCAAAACCGUAAAGACAGAUCAAAUAUCACCUCCAGGUCUUGUUUUUCCUGAAAUAGGGGUGUGUAAUCAAACAUUGGUUUUUCAAAUACAAAAUAAAAAAAACAAUCUCUGGAUGCUGGCUUCAUAACAAAACAGCUAUUGAUUCACUGCGGACACGCAAAUGCCUUCAAUAGUUAACACACCCACACGCAGGUUCAAAUACACAAGUGUCAGAUGUGGAAUGUUUUAUCAGACACAGCCUGUACUGUGAGUCUGCACUCACACUCACUGUGCAGCUCUAGCCUGUACACACACAUAUACACACUCAUAUACACACACAGCGUGCUCAUGCUAGCUUGGCUUCCUACAGAGAGGUAAUUAUGCUGUCAACACCAGCGUCACACUCCGCAGCUCUGCACAAACCACAGCUAAUGCUGCUAUUAAUGAGAUAUAAAGGAGAGGACUUUGUCUCCCAUCAGCCGGGACUCAAUCGAGGAUCUACUUUCUUUUGUUUAAAGAUUUGCUUUUAAACAGGCAGGAGGGCCUUUAGUAUAAUACUGCUGCUACUUCUUUAUCCUGCUUGUCUCCUCAUUACACUUUAAAGAGGAUUACUGGGCUUUUAUCAUUCACUCCUUUUUUAGACUUUUCAGACCACCACAGUAGAUACAAACCACUGAUUAAGCUUUACAAAAGAUGUUUUUUAAAGAGUGUCAAUCCAGUGGAAAUCAUCUUAAGUUCACAAAAAGAACAAGAUUUUUUUUAUUUUUUUAAUUCAAGUUUUUAUUGAACUUUUCAAGGCACGGCACAUGGCAAACUUAGUAUGUUUCUCCAUACAGGAACAAGCAGUUAUUAAGAGUUAACUUUUACAGACUUUGCACAUUUUUGUCUCUCGAAGGGCAGAAAAUAUAAAAAAAUGAGUACACAAUAAUAUCAACUAAACAUGUAUCAUAUCUGUACACACACUCACAUCAUUAAGACAUUUCGCAAGACAAAAACAAGAUUAAACUCAGGGCCCCUUGUCCUGAUGAAGACAUUUAUCUCAGGUUCCAUGACUGUAAAAAAACUGAUUCUAUUUGCCUAAUUUCGAUCAAAUUGUUGAAGUAAAUUCUUAAGUUGCCACUACUACUGUAGCGUUCCCUGCUUUAUCUGAAUUGUAACUUUAAAAGGGUUUCUUAGCUGGAAUUUUAGCAUCUUCAUUUAUUAGAAAGUCUGAGACUUCAAACUCAGUGGGAAACUGUGAUUUGAGUUUAACACGUAAUCUGAGAAGACGGCAAUUUUUCUUAGAAACUCACACCCAGUUCUCAUUCUUUGCCCAUUCUGUUGCUUUAUAUAUAAUUAUGUCUCAUGUGUCAAAUUAUCACCUCCCCUUCUUGCUCGUAAAGUCUUCAUCUACUCGCACAGCAGGGACUGCAUGAAAUGACAGAUCAGGCAGAGACAUCACUGAGAGCAGUAAUGGGAUACUUGGUUCUGGUGUUUGAUCACGGUUUGACAGAAAGCAGAGUAAUGAUUGAAGCACUGGGGCGCAAAAGCAAGAGUAAUUUCCUUCUGGGAAUUUUAGAGCAAAAUUCCUCCAGAAAGAAAUAAAAAGCUUGUAUCCUCAUGCUUUCUAUUUCCAGAUGGGUGCUGUAUGAGAAGCCGAACUUCAAGGGGGAGAAGGUCGCUCUGGAUGAGGGCGACAUCGAGCUCACCUACCCUUUCGGCCCUCCGGAGGAGCAGCUGCAGAACGGACAGCAGGAGGGCGAGAAGCAGAACGGAGAGCAGAACGGAGAAGCGAGUGAAGCGCAGGCAGAGACCAAACCAGCCAGGAAGUUCGUCAUUGGGUCUCUGAGAAGAGCUGUCAGAGUGAGUCAACAAUAAGCCGAACACUUAGUGCAUUCAAAUGUGGCAUUAUUACGCUUCAGCCAGGCACAAACAAGCAGGGAAGUAGGGUGGAAAUGGAUUUUUUAUGCAAAAGUGUACUUCCAAAACAUUCUGAUCUGACUCUAAAGCUGGAAAUCUCUCAGCCUUGUGUUGGAUUGUGUGUGUUCUGUAACUCAGUAGCACCAUCUAGUGUCAAAAGCAGGUAAGAGCACCUGUUGCUCAAGCUCUUGUAGUUUUCCAGCUCCUCGCCUUUAUCUUUUUAUCUUUUUCACAAUUUUAACUACAAACGGUUCACUUUUGACUGAAGUCGGAAAGAGUAAAGAGUAAAUGAGUAUCAGACGAGAUCUUGACUUCAGAUAAAUACCUUGUCAAAUAUUGGACCCACUGGCUGUCCUUCAUGACAAGUUUGACAGUCUGUGAGUGACGGCUGGCUCUUCGGUGCUUGUUUGGGAUUAAAAGCACAAGUACAAAGUCCACAACUUUCUUUUUUACAUGUGCUGCAGCUCUUUUUAACUGCCCGGGGAUUUUGAUACUGAAUUGUAGAUUUUUUCCUUUAAUUUUUCAUUUUUUUCUUCAAUGUUCGGUUGAAACGCCAAGGAAUUAUUAACAAUAAUGAUAAUAAUAAUAAUAAUGCAUUUUAUUUGCAGGCGCCCUACAAGAGAAGGUUAAAACAAAACAAUCAAAUAAAUAGUCCAUAUAAAAAGUUAAAAUUAUGGACAUUUAAAACAACAGUCAGACUGAAUAUGCCUCACUUUUUUAGCAUCAUUAAAUACAAGCUUUGACUGCAGGUUCCAGUCAUCGGGUUCAUAUUUUAUUCUUGAGAUCCUUUAAACAACGUGAUUCUUGUUGAUCCGUUCCCUCUGUAGAUUUUUAUCAGUCCCAUCAUGUCACGUAUAUUACUCCGAAACCUUUUUUUACCCCCCUUCCUAAUGUGACAUUGACAGCUGCUCUCUGUCUCCCCUCAGGACUACAGCGUCCCAGAGAUCAGCCUGUUCCCAGAAGAAAACGCUGAGGGGAAGAAAGUCACCUUUAGAGACACGUCUGAUGACGCCAGGAUCUUUGGAUUCCCCGUCAAGGCGAACUCUGUCAUCAUCAACGCAGGACUGUGAGUUCUUUAACCGUUAUAAAAAAAGGUAAAAAGUCUCAUUUGUGUGGUUUUUAUUUAGUUUAUUAACAAUCUUUCCUUCUUCUCAGGUGGCUUGUGUACGCACAUCCCUUCUUCCAGGGUGUGCCCCGGGUCCUGGAAGUCGGGGGGUACCCCAACCCUGCAGCCUGGGGGGUAGAGAACCCUUAUGUGGGAUCAUUACAUCCACUCAAAGUGGUAAGUAUUACUUUUAGAGCUCUUUACAACCUGUUCAUUUUGAGCAAAUUGUAAAAUUCUGUGUUUUUAUCACAGGGGGAACCAAGAGUGGAAAAUGUCAGUGAACCAAAGGUAAAAAAAAAACUUUCUCUCCUUUCGAUGAAGAACUUUUUGUACAGAAGCGACAAUUUUUCUAGCAUGUUCUCAUUCUUAACAACACUUUUUGCUCUCCAGCUUGUGAUCUACGAAAAGGCGUACUUCACCGGGAAAUCGAGGACCAUAACCACCAACACGAAGGACUUCAUGACCAGAGUAGAGAGGCAGCAGUCGGCCUUCAUGUACUGCGUCGGCUCCCUGAAAGUACUCGGAGGAAUGUGAGUGCAGUGAUUGUUUUUAUGAGUUAAUUAAAACAUUAUUUAAGCAGGAAACAAAUAUGAAAGUGUUCACAGCUUUUGUUAACCUAAUGUGUGUGUUGUUGUGUUUGCAGCUGGGUGGGUUAUGAGAAAGAGGGCUACAGAGGCCACCAGUACCUGCUGGAGGAGGGAGAGUACCAGGACUGGAGGGUGUGGGGAGGCUGUGAUUCUGAGCUGCGAUCCGUCAGAGUGAUUCGGGCGGUAAGUGAAAGAAUAUUUCACUACUGUUAAUAUUCGUUAAUAGAUAGAUAAAAUGGUCUUUAAUCAUUAGUGCAACCUUGAAAUAAACCAACAUUGCUUCAACUGUAGUCAAAGAGCUGUAUGUCCUCCAAACAUACAAUCAGAUAAACUAUUUUUCUGUUUUUCUCUGCUCUUGUACUGUACUCUGUGUUUGUGCUCUUACUUUUGUUGCUCUAAUGACCCAAUUUGGUCACCUGCAACCUCUCAAAGUAUAUCUUAUCUAUGAGAUAACUGCGCUGUCAGAUAAAAUGUUCUUUGUUAUGUUAAUACUGGUAGCACAGGUUCAAAUUGGUACAUGAAAAGUAGCUGAGGUGGUAAAAUCCAGACAUUCCUGCAAACAGAUGAUCAGAAACCACUUUGACACAAACUAAAAGUUCCUCACAGGAGCUUUAAAGCUCAAUUUGACUCGUCUAAUUUCUUAUUUUUGCUCCCCUGCAGGACCUGACAGAGCCUCUAAUGGUGAUGUUUGAACAGCCAGAAGAAGACCAGGAGGGCAUGCAGGAGGAGAACACCUUCGAGGUGUCCGAGGCCAUUCCUGACGUGGAGCUGUUUGAAUAUAAAACCUCCACACGAUCCAUCCAAGUACUCAGUGGAGCGUAAGUACACGAAAUCAUCAAAAAACACAACGUUAUGUUAUGAUAGGAUAUAGAACAAUCCGACACAACCUGAUAGGAUACUUUACAAUACAAAAUGAUGUGUUGCAGUGCAGCACAAUUCAAAUGGUUAUUUCAUGCUCCCACUCAUCAAUACUAACUCCGGACAACGUACUGUCAUGUUCAGAGGUAUGAACAUAUGGAAUCGUCUUCCUCCUGUCAUUACAAGGUUAACCAGUAAACAUAUAUUUAAAAAGCAGGUAUACCAAUAUGUAAUAACCCAGACUCACUGAAAUAAGAAACAGAACACCUAGACUAGGCUGUGACAACAUACAAUACGGAACAAUGAGAUUUUGAUCACUAGUACAUUUAUCUUGGUCUUUAUUGGUGUCUAUCGUAAUUGGAAAUGUAAUGUCAUCAUAAUUCUUGUUUUAGUUUUGAUUUUAACAUCUUUCUCCUCUUUGGACUUGUAUCAUUUUAAUCUGCACAAAUGUUUAUUGUCUUCUUGCAGACCCCAGGAAGAGUGGCUGCUACUUAGGUAGUAGCUAAUGGGGAUCCAAAUAAAUAACUAAAUAAAUGCCAUACAAUUUCAUUUGAAAAAAGAAACUUAUAAUAAAACAACUAACAAAAGAACAUUAUUUGAUACUGUAUAAUGCAAUAAAAUACAACACAAACAGAUAUGAGAUAGUAUGAUAGCUAGACAAAACAAAGCAGAUUAAAAUCAACUGGAUAUGUUUGGCGUGACGUGCAAAUGGCCAAAAUGGGCCGAAAAUAGCAGAAUAACUCUUUAACCGUGCGUCUGAGAGAAAAGUCCAACCAAACAAAAUCAAAGAUCUCAUUAAGAUACACGUGCCUGUAAAAUUUCGGGCAGGUUGGAAAAAGUCGACAUUUGUGGCGCUCUGUAGGGGGCGCUAGUGAGCCAUUUUUAUGACUUGUUUUUGGGUCACUUUAAAACAUCGGGCCCUAAUAAAUAUGACACAAUAAAAUAGAAUACAGUACGAUAAGACUGAAUUGAACAUUGAAUUUCCCUUUGAGGAUCAAUAAAGUUAUUCUUAUUCUUAUAACAUCUGAUAAAAUGCACAAGAUCAGGAUACAGCAGUGUAGGAUACAAUAUAAUGUCAUACAAUACAAUACAAUACAAUACGUACAAUACGAUACAAUACUACAACGUAAGAUAUAUACAAUACUACAAGAUACACUACCAUAUAAUAAAAUACAACAAGAUACGAUACAGUAUGACAAGAUAAUUUAUUAUACAGUACUAUAAGAUACAAAAUGCUUAAAUGCCCUCAUACAGAAUUCCUUUGUGAACUUCAGCUCUGUGCGUACUGAGCUACCUCUACUGUCGUAUUGUAACCAUUUGACUGUUUCUCCUUCCCUCCAGAUGGGUGGCGUACUCCCAUGUCGACUACUCUGGGCACCAGUACAUCCUAGAGAAAGGCUUCUACAAUAACUGUGCAGACUGGGGCUCUAAGGACAACCGUAUCUGCUCAGUGCAGCCCAUCCUGCUGGUGAGGAAGACUGUGAAGAAGAAGAAAAACAAAGAAAUCUUUAGUGGAAAAUUAUUGAGUUGAUUGUUUCUUAUGCUUUUGUUUGUGGUUCUUUUAGGCUCCAAGUGACGGCCCCAGGGUCGGGACUCAGGUGACUAUAGCGUCUAAGUUUUUGUUGAUAAAUUCCCCCUCUGUCAAAAUAUUUGUCUACUUUUUGUGCAGUUUCAUUUACUUAAAUAUUUAUUUUUGCAUCUCAAUGCAGAAAGACGGGUUUUUAUUACAUUAGGCUGAAAAGUAAAGACUGCAGGUUGUGUGAAAAUAAGUCACACACAUCUCUUAUCUCUUAUGUAUUUCGCAACACAUGGUGCAAAAGUUUAACUCCGUGUUUUGGCAUGUACUGGAUCAGGAGCUGCUUCUGCAUUUUCUUCCAUGCAGAGGAAAAAAAACAACAACUCCAGAGCUGCCGAAGCCUCAAGCUUCAUCAUUUAUCUUGUCACUUGUCUCUGUUUGGACCUUUUUAAUAUUUAAAUGUUUUCAGUGAAAUAUUGAACAGUCAGUGCGGCGAGCUGCAACACAAAAAGAAUCUUUAAACAGAGGACUGGUGGACAAAAUUUGAACUCUAAAAGCAGCAAAAAAAAGGAUGAAUAAUUCAAGCUGUGCUGUCUCUUUAGUGCUUGAAAUGCUAAAAUGAAAGAGAAUAAAAGGCCCAGACUAUCAACGGUGUUAACGCCUCACUUUCUUCUUUUUUACCAGGUAAUACUUUACACUGAGCCAGACUUCAAGGGUGAGUGUCACGUCUUUGAUCAGAACCAGGAAGCGCUGUCGGAAAAAUUACUGACAAAGUCCUGCCGGGUGUCAGGAGCGAGGUAAGAAACCUUUACUGACGCAUCUACCUUUUUUCAUCUAAAAAGAGAACAUUAAAAACGACUAAAAGUCCUUGAAAAAGACCAAAGUAAGCAAUAAAAUCAUGGUGUGGUGGUGAGAAUCUUAAAAAGCUUGUUCAUUCUUGUUAAUAGCAAAUGAUACCUACAAAACUGACCUCUCUGUCUUUUUUUUUUAGCUGGGUGUUCUAUGAGGAUAAAAAGUUCACCGGGAACUUGUACGUCCUCUCUGAAGGAGACUACCCCAAUCUAACCAGCAUGGGAUGUCAGCCUGGCAGCCCCAUUAGAUCUGUCAAAACCGUGCCCCUGGUGAGGAAGCGCUCGUACACACUGCAGCUUCGCAUGCUUUCAUCUGUGUUGUCUGGAUCCGACCUAACAUGAAUCACCUCUUCUUAUUUAGACAUUCUCAGUUCCUUCCAUCUCUCUGUUCGGCAUGGAGUGUCUGGAGGGCAGAGAGAUCACCAUGGAAACGGAGAUCAUUAACAUGGUAGAGGAAGGCUUUAACAACCACAUUCUGUCCAUCAGAAUCAACAGCGGCAGGUAGGUGACAAAGAGGACUGUCGGUGUGCGUGUGAACUUGAGCUGACUUUCAGUAGUUAUCUGUUUUUCCAUCAUGGAAGCAGCGUCUUACCCCAAACACAUGGAUUUAACUUUUUAUUCAAAAAUACUAAAGCUAUGAGAUUUUAAACAUCACAUUCUUCUAAUUUUCUCUUCUCUUUUAUUUCGCAGUUGGGUGAUAUGUGAGCACAGCAACUACAGGGGGCGCCAGUUCCUGCUGGAACCAAUAGAAAUCACCAACUGGCCUAAGUUUAGCUCCCUGCAGUCUGUCGGAUCAAUGUAUCCAAUCAGACAGGUGAGUCAAUGAAUCACCUUUACAGCUUUGCUUUUUGAAAACAUGUAGUAUGAAAUCAAAACAGCAGUAAUUUGCAUUCAAGCCAACAAGUUUCUGAGCAAAGUGUUGGUAACCCUUUCUUUUACGGUACACUUAUUACCAGGUAAUUAACAGGUAAUUACCCAGUAACAACAUGAAAUUAUCUGGUAAUUACAUGAUAACUACUAAGUCAAUACUGUCUAGCUACCAGGUAGGUAACCUUCCAUCAUCAUACAAAUUUAAAGCCGAAUUGCUCUGGUAUUUCAAGGAUUUUCUCCGCUUCCUGGAACCACCACUUGCGCAGUAGCGUUGUAGUCGCUGUGAUAAUGCUCGGCUCAAACAGCGUAUCGCUACGCGAUCUUCGCACGCCCAUAGGCUGUAUCAAGUGUCAAUCAUAAAAAACAUAAGAACCCCAAAUAGCUUUUGAAAAUGGAGCUGCACAGAAAAAAGAAAAAAAGAAAAACUAGACAGUAUCGACUUAGUAGUUAUCAUGUAAUUACCAGAUAAUUUCAUGUUGUUACUAGGUAAUUACCUGUUAAUUAACUGGUAAUAAGUGUACCAUAAAAGAAAGGGUUACCAAAGUUUCUUUCAAAGUUUCAGAAUUUUCCAUGUUGACAUGAUAUGAAAUCCACACUAACCAGACGUAACAUGUGGCUGAGCUUUUGACCCACUACAAAAGCUCUACCGCAAAUUCCUCACCUAUGAAUUUUACAUUUUUGCUGACAUGUUUAGACAGGUUUUUAGUUUGUCUUUAAAUUUAUUUUUUUAAUUUGCUCUUCUUAGGCGUUGAGUUAAAAAUCAAGAGUUAAAAUAGCCAAAUCUUCUCUUGAGAGAAGGUUCGGUUGCUUAUUAUCCCCUAUAGAAGGCCCAUUUAGCAGAGUAAAAACUUAUUUCUGACCCUGAUUGAAGAUUGUUUCCAUUACAUCUGAACAUUUGCUAUGAGUUUGAGAUUCGAUCAAGCUCAAACUCUAAAUGUUUAGUUAAAAAAAGGCAAAAUGAUGUGAUUACAAUUCUCAAGUCCUCAACUCUUCCUGAUAAAUAGACACAGUGAUAAGACAAGUCUUAAACAGUGUCUCUUUUUCUAAUAGUAUGUGAAAGCUGCGAUUUAACUCAUGCUAUGUGCUUUUCCUCUAAUAUUUAAAACUUGAUUCAGCCGUGUAGCACCACGUUUAAAUCUUUGGUCCACUAAAGAGAGUCCUCCAAAGAUUCACUGGUUGUUAAAAAAUAUUAACACAAUAUGCUGUUUUUGUUAUUUUUCCUCCUGUAGAAGCGACACUUUUUCCGCAUCAAGAACACAGAGAAAGGUCACUUCCUGUCCAUCCAGGGUGGCGUGGAGGAGAUGAAAUCAGGGCGAGUCGUGGUGACCCCAGAAGUAGAGGGCAUAAGUGACAUCUGGUUCUUCCAGGACGGCUUCAUCAAGAGCAAGGUGACACGUGACUUAAGGAUAGUGGCGUUCAGCACUCGUGUCUUUUGUCCGUGUAAUGAUGGUUUUUUUCUAACCACGUACUUUCUGUGUGCGCCGUAGAUGUCCCAGACCAUGAGCCUCCAGGUCAUGGGUAACAUCGAACCUGCAGCCAAGGUAGUUUUGUGGACAGAGACUCGGCAGCCCCUCCAGACCUGGACAGCAAAGAUGGCGGGCCCCAUCACCAGCCUGACUUUCCCCGGCAUGGUGCUGGAUAUCAAAGGUAAGAGAGGAAAUAUGGAUUCACUGGUCAGGUGUUCUCCACUUAUGGUCAGGAACACAGGGUAGGCCUACUUUACAUUUUAGUGGUCAAUUCCCAAGAUCACAACAGAAACAUAUCAACCAUUUAUCUUCCUUUUCAUCAGGUGGCAAAACUUAUGACAAGGACCAUGUGGUGAUCAUGCCAGAGAGCGAUGAGAGACCGAGCCAACAGUGGGAGAUCGAGUUGUUGUAACCCGUCUCUGAAAAGAUUUCCACCUACAUUUUAUUCCCUUAACUGAAUAUUCCCAUCAUAAUUUGAGAAAUGACACUUUCGCUGCCUCAUGAUGUAAAUUUUAUCCGUGCCUUUGCAGAGUUCUGCAUUUUUUGUAGUUUUCUAUUCAGUUUUCUCCAAGUCUAGAACUGUUUUUGGCAUAAAUGGACACCAAAUAGAAAAGUCUUAAAUGCUUCUUCUGCUGCAGCAACUCAGGUCAUAAGAUAAGAUAAAAAACAAGUUUAAAAAAGAGUAUUUUUAGGAGUUACUGAACUACUGUUACAGAGUUAGAGAUCAGUAUGCAGGGAUUUAGUUUCUGUCUUUGACUUUGACCUUUUUACCCUGAAGUUUUCAUUUGUCUCAGUCUUGAUAUUUAAACUACACUGACCCUGUUUGUAAGGUUCCCUGCUCAUGUAAAUUUCCUGAUGAUAGGGGCUCUAAGGGGUGAAAUGUGUUUCUAAAAAGUUUUUGUUACACCAGAGUAAACUAAGAUUAACUUUCUGGAUAUUGUUUCCUUCUGUUAGCAUGAAACGGCUACCGAUGCUAAGAUAACGAAUGAAGCCAAAGGAAAGUGUAGAGUGCAAAUAAAUAUAUUUUAAAGGUUUAAAUUGUAUGUACUGUAUGAACUGAUGCUGAUUGUGUGGGAAAUAUUGCAGUUCUCAAAUGGGUUGUGUGUGUCCUGUUACUCUAUUUCUCGUUGUGUUUUUUUCGUUAUGAGUCAAAUGUGUAUUACCUGUUAAUAUUUGAUACCAAAGAUAUGUUGUCAGAGCUUAUGUAAGAGGGAGUGGUUUUAAAGUAUUGAAUAAAAGUGAUAAAACAA